CAUCACCCCGUAUUAGACGUCAACUACACUGAGAAAGUCUGUAAUCGUUUUUUUUUUUUUUUUUUGCGAAUGGCUUUGUUUUAAAACAAGUAAUGACUUAAAUAAUUUAUAGUUAUCAUCCAUAUUGAUAAAAUAACACUUUAAAAAUGGACCAGGACUUUAAGGACAUGGAUUCAGAGGGCCGGUGGCAGAACUUAUACAUAGUAAGUUAGCUAGCUGUUAGCUUAGCUAAUGCAGCUAGCAGCACCAGUGUCAGCUGCUAUUUACGCACGCAAAUAGCAGCUAUUCGUAGAAAUACGCAGGGGAUGUUUAUUUCUUAGUUCUCUUGUUGCCUUUUACUUUUCUGUCUUUAGACAUCUCUUUUCGGUGAUGGCGCACAACAAUACUUAGCUAGACUCAAAGCCAACAAUCUGGAGUUUUUAGCGUGCGCAUGCAUGCGGUUACUAACGACAUCCUCGCUAAGAGGUUUAUCUAGCCAGCUAGCUAGCUACUUAGCUAACGGUUGUUCUCUUUUCGAUAGUAUUUGUAUUUAUUAUAGAUCCCCAUUAGCUGGGGUCCAGCAAAAUUAAGACAGUUAUACAUUUUAAAAAACAUUACAAUACAUUUAUAACAUAUUUCACAGCACACUAAGUGUGUGCCCUCAGGCCCCUACUCCACUACCACAUAUCUACAACACAAAAUCCGUGUGUGUAUGCAUGUGUCUGUGCCUAUGUUUGUGUUGCUUCACAGUCCCCGCUGUUCCAUAAGGUGUAUUUUUAUGUAUUUUUAAAAUCUGAUUAUGCUGCUUGCAUCAGUUACCUGAUGUGGAAUAGAGUUCCAUGUAGUCAUGGCUCUAUGUAGUACUGUGUGCCUCCCAUAGUCUGUUCUGGACUUGGGGACUGUGAAGAGACCUCUGGUGGCAUGUCUUGUGGGGUAUGCAUCGGUAUCCGAGCUGUGCGCCAGUAGUUCAAACAGACAGCUCGGUGCUUUCAACAUUUCAACAUCUCUCACAAACACAAGCAGUGAUGAAGUCAAUCUCUUCUCCACUUUGAGCCAGGAGAUUGACAUGCAUAUUAUUAAUGUUUGCUCUCUGUGUUUAUCCAAGGGCCAGCCGUCCUGCCCUGUUUUGAGCUAAUUUUCCUAAGUCUCUCUUUGUGGCACCUGACCACACGACUGAACAGUAGUCCAGGUGCGAUAAAACUAGAGCCUGUAGGACCUGCCUUGUUGAUAGUGCUGUUAAGAAGGUAGAACAGCGCUAUAUGUUCUGACCAUGAUAGUUUACAAUCCAGGGUUACUCCAAGCAGUUUAGUCAUGUCAACUUGCUCAAUCUCCACAUUAUUUAUUACAAAAUUUAAUUCAGGUUUGGAGUUUAGUGAAGGAUUUGUUCCAAAUAUUUAGGACUAACUUAUUCCUUGCCACACACUCUGAAACUAACUGCAACUCUUUAAGUGUUGCAGUCAUUUCAGUCGCUGUAGUAGCUGACAUGUAUAAAUCAAAUCAAAUCAAAUUUUAUUGGCCACAUGCGCUGAAUACAACAGGUGCAGACAUUACAGUGAAAUGCUUACUUACAGCCCUUAACCAACAGUGUAUUUAUUUUUAACAAAAAAGUAAAAAUAAAACAACAACAAAAAAGUGUUGAGAAAAAAAAGAGCAGAAGUAAAAUAAAAUAACAGUAGGGAGGCUAUAUAUACAGGGGGGUACCGGUGCAGAGUCAAUGUGCGGGGGCACCGACUAGUUGAGGUAGUUGAAGUAAUAUGCACAUGUGGGCAGAGAUAAAGUGACUAUGCAUAAAUAAUUAACAGAGUAGCAGCAGCGUAAAAGGAUGGGGUGGGGGGGCAGUGCAAAUAGUCCGGGUAGCCAUGAUUAGCUGUUCAGGAGUCUUAUGGCUUGGGGGUAGAAGCUGUUGAGAAGUCUUUUGGACCUAGACUUGGCACUCCGGUACCGCUUGCCGUGCGGUAGCAGAGAGAACAGUCUAUGACUAGGGUGGCUGGAGUCUUUGACAAUUUUGAGGGCUUUCCUCUGACACCACCUGGUAUAGUGUUGAGUCAUCCGCAUACAUAGAUAGACACUCUGGCUUUACUCAAAGCCAGUGGCAUGUCAUUAGUAAAGAUUUAAAAAAGUAAUGGGCCUAGACAGCUGCCCUGGGGAAUUCCUGAUUCUACCUGGAUUAUGUUGGAGAGGCUUCCAUUAAAGAACACCCUCUGUGUUCUGUUAGACAGGUAACUCUUUAUCCACAAUAUAGCAGGGGGUGUAAAGCCAUAACGCAUACGUUUUUCCAGCAGCAGACUAUGAUCGAUAAUGUCAAAAGCCACACUAAAGUCUAACAAAACAGCCCCCACAAUCUUUUUAUCAUCAAUUUCUCUCAGCCAAUCAUCAGUCAUUUGUGUAAGUGCUGUGCUUGUUGAAUGUCUUUCUCUAUAAGCAUGCUGAAAGUUUGUUGUCCAUUUGUUUACUGUAAAAUAGCAUUGUAUCUGGUCAAACACUAUUUUUUCCAAUAGUUUACUAAGGGUUGGUAACAGGCUAAUUGGUCGGCUAUUUGAGCCAGUAAAGGGGGCUUUACUAUUCUUAGGUAGCAGAAUGACUUUUGCUUCCCUCCAAGCCUGGGGGCACAUACAUUCUAGUAGGUUUAAAUUGAAAAUAUGGCAAAUAGGAUUGGCAAUAUCGUCCGCUAUUAUCCUCAGUAAUUUUCCAUCCAAGUUGUCAGACCCCGGUGGCUUGUCAUUGUUGAUAGACAACAAUACUUUUUUCACCUCUUCCACACUCACUUUACGGAAAUCAAAAUUACAACGUUUGUCUUUCAUAAUUUGGUCAGAUAUCAAAUCAAAUCAAAUUUUAUUGGCCACAUGCGCUGAAUACAACAGGUGCAGACAUUACAGUGAAAUGCUUACUUACAGCCCUUAACCAACAGUGCAUUUAUUUUUAAUAAAAAAAGUAAAAUAAAACAACAACAAAAGUGUUGAGAAAAAAAGAGCAGAAGUAAAAUAAAAUAACAGCAGGGAGGCUAUAUAUACAGGGGGGUACCGGGGCGGGGGCACCGGCUAGUUGAGGUAAUAUGUACAUGUGGGUAGAGUUAAAGUGACUAUGCAUAAAUAAUUCACAGAGUAGCAGCAGCAUAAAAAGAUGGGGUGGGGGGCAGUGCAAAUAGUCUGGGUAGCCAUGAUUAGCUGUUCAGGAGUCUUAUGGCUUGGGGGUAGAAGCUGUUGAGAAGUCUUUUGGACCUAGAUUUGGCACUCCGGUACCGCUUGCCGUACGGUAGCAGAGAGAACAGUCUAUGACUAGGGUGGCUGGAGUCUUUGACAAUUUUGAGGGCCUUCCUCUGACACCGCCUGGUAUAGAGGUCCUGGAUGGCAGGAAGCUUGGCCCCAGUGAUGUACUGGGCCGUACGCACUACCCUCUGUAGUGCCUUGCGGUCGGAGGCCAAGCAGUUGCCAUACCAGGCGGUGAUGCAACCAGUCAGGAUGCUCUCGAUGGUGCAGCUGUAGAAUUCUUUGAGGAUCUGAGGACCCAUGCCAAAUCUUUUUAGUCUCCUGAGGGGGAAUAGGCUUUGUCGUGCCCUCUUCACGACUAUUUUAAUGUGUUUGGACCAUGAUAGUUUGUUGGUGAUGUGGACACCAAGGAACUUGAAGCUCUCAACCUGUUCCACUACAGCCCCGUCGAUGAGAAUGGGGGCUUGGAUAUACUUGGAUGUGUAGUGUCAACGUUUGUUGCUGGCAUGUCAUGCCUAAAUUUGCUAAUCUUGCCAAUGAUUAGAUUGCCAGCUACAUUUACAUUUAACAUUUACGUCAUUUAGCAGACGCUCUUAUCCAGAGCGACUUACAAAUUGGUGCAUUCACCCUAUAGCCAGUGGGAUAACCACUUUACAAUUUUUAUUUUUAUUUUUAUUUUUUUUGGGGGGGGGGGGGGGGGGGGGGAUAGAAGGAUUACUUUAUCCUAUCCCAGGUAUUCCUUAAAGAGGUGGGGUUUCAAAUGUCUCCGGAAGGUGGUGAGUGACUCCGCUGUCCUGGCGUAGUGAGGGAGCUUGUUCCACCAUUGGGGUGCCAGAGCAGCGAACAGUUUUGACUGGGGUGAGCGGGAACUAUGCUUCCGCAGAGGAAGUGGAGUCAGCAGGCCAGAGGUGGAUGAACGCAAUGCCCUCGUUUGGGUGUAGGGACUGAUCAGAGCCUGAAGGUACGGAGGUGCCGUUCCCCUCACAGCUCCAUAGGCAAGCACCAUGGUCUUGUAACAGAUGCGAGCUUCAACUGGAAGCCAGUGGAGUGUGCGGAGGAGCGGGGUGACGUGAGAGAACUUGGGAAGGUUGAACACCAGACGGGCUGCGGCAUUCUGAAUGAGUUGUAGGGGUUUAAUGGCACAGGCAGGGAGCCCAGCCAACAGCGAGUUGCAGUAAUCCAGACGGGAGAUGACAAGUGCCUGGAUUAGGACCUGUGCCGCUUCCUGUGUAAGGCAGGGUCGUACUCUCCGAAUGUUGUAGAGCAUGAACCUGCAGGAUCGGGUCACCGCCUUGAUGUUAGCGGAGAACGACAGGGUGUUGUCCAGGGUCACGCCAAGGCUCUUCGCACUCUGGGAGGAGGACACAACGGAGUUGUCAACCGUGAUGGCGAGAUCAUGGAACGGGCAGUCCUUCCCCGGGAGGAAGAGCAGCUCCGUCUUGCCAGGGUUCAGCUUGAGGUGGUGAUCCGUCAUCCAUACUGAUAUGUCUGCCAGACAUGCAGAGAUGCGAUUCGCCACCUGGUUAUCAGAAGGGGGAAAGGAGAAGAUUAGUUGUGUAUCGUCUGCGUAGCAAUGAUAGGAGAGGCCAUGUGAGGAUAUGACAGAGCCAAGUGACUUGGUGUAUAGGGAGAAUAGGAGAGGGCCUAGAACUGAGCCCUGGGGGACACCAGUGGUGAGAGCACGUGGUGCGGAGACAGAUUCUCGCCACGCCACUUGGUAGGAGCGACCGGUCAGGUAGGACGCAAUCCAAGAGUGAGCCACGCCGGAGAUGCCCAGCUCGGAGAGGGUGGAGAGGAGGAUAUGAUGGUUCACAGUAUCAAAGGCAGCAGACAGGUCUAGAAGGACAAGAGCAGAGGAGAGAGAGUUAGCUUUAGCAGUGCGGAGAGCCUCCGUGACACAGAGAAGAGCAGUCUCAGUUGAAUGACCAGUCCUGAAACCUGACUGGUUUGGAUCAAGAAGGUCAUUCUGAGAGAGAUAGCAAGAGAGUUGGCUAAAGACGGCACGCUCAAUAGUUUUGGAAAGAAAAGAAAGAAGGGAUACUGGUCUGUAGUUGUUGACAUCAGUGGGAUCGAGUGUUGGUUUUUUGAGAAGGGGUGCAACUCUCACUCUCUUGAAGACGGAAAGGACAUAGCCAGCGGUCAAGGAUGAGUUGAUCAGCGAGGUGAGGUAGGGGAGAAGGUCACCGGAGAUGGUCUGGAGAAGAGAGGAGGGGAUGAGGUCAAGCGGGCAGGUUGUUGGGCGGCCUACAGUCACAAGUCGCAAGAUUUUAUCUGGAGAGAGAGGGGAGAAAGAAGUCAAAGCAUAGGGUAGGGCAGUGUGAGCAGGACCAGCAGUGUCAUUAGACUUAACAAACGGGGAUCGGAUGUCGUCAACCUUCUUUUCAAAGUGGUUGACGAAGUCAUCCACAGAGGGGGGGGGGGGGGAUUCAGCAGUGAGGAGAAUGUGGCAAAGAGCUUCCUAGGGUUAGAGGCAUAUGCUUGGAAUUUAGAGUGGUAGAAAGUGGCCUUAGCAGCAGAAACAGAUGAAGAAAAUGUAGAGAGGAGGGAGUGAAAAGAUGCCAGGUCGGCAGGGAGUUUAGUUUUCUUCCAUUUCCGCUACGCUGCCCGGAGCUCUGUUCUGUGAGCUCGCAAUGAGUCAUCAAGCCACGGAGCUGGAAGGGAGGACCGAGCCGGCCGGGAGGAUAGGGGACACAGGGAGUCAAAGGAUGCAGAAAGGGAGGAGAGGAGGGUUGAGGAGGCAGAAUCAGGAGAUUGGAGGGAGAAGGAUUGAGCAGAGGGAAGAGAUGAUAGGAUGGAAGAGGAGAGAGUAGUGGGAGAGAGAGAGCGAAGGUUGCGGCGAAGCAUUACCAUCUGUGUAGGCGCAGAGAUGGUUUGUCAACAGAUUCAAAACCCUGCUGGUGCUUCCAAUUAGUGAGCACAAGUGUUUAUUUGGGCAAUCGCAGAUGACAACUAUUUCCUGAAUUUGUUGGUCAGCGGUUUUAACCUUUUAAACAUCCAUUGGUUGCUGCCAAGUGUGGCAGAUUGUGUUAUGAGUUUAUAGCAAUCCGCUGUCUUUAAUUUUAAAAGACACUCCUAAAGAUGAUGAACUGCCUUUCUCCCUGAGUUGAUGUUUCCCGUCCUUGUUUUAGACCAGUCAGUGAUGCUGAUGAGACCUGCCUUUAUGUCAUGAUCAUUUCAGGGAUGAGAUUAUUCCUGAUCAAUAAGGAGUACCUGCUCUUCUGACAUCAUCCACUGUUCAUAAACUACUGAACUAGUCCCCCGAACCUAAACCGUUAUCCUACCAGUAAUACAUGAGGUUCCAUUCAGUGCCCACAGCAUCAUCCAUCCUAUCAGUGUGACCAGAGGAUCUAGCUAAACAUGGUCUGAUUCUGUGAAAUCUAUCUAAAGUAGUCUGACCUUGUGUGCAGGCCUAUAGAGAAACCAUUCAUAGUCUAUAAGUCUGUGAUGACUGAACCGUUUGUUUGUCUGCAGGAAAUACGGAAUCAGUCCCAUGAAUGCCCUUUCAAAGUUGCUAAAUAUCCAGAAAAUCGCAACCGGAACCGAUACAGAGAUGUCAAUCCAUGUAAGUGACUUCAUACCCCUUUAUAUCUUGUUAGUUUUUUAAAAGGUUUCGUUGUUGUUGUCUUACGUACCACAUUGAUAGCUGUAUGAUACCAACUUCAGAUUCAGAAAAUGUUAUUGUCCUCAAUGAGGCAAUUCAAUACAUACAUAAACUUGUCUUUCACUUGGAUAUGUUGUUAAUAUAUUACUUCUCUCCUCUGUGGUUGUCUGUGUAGUUGAUCACAGCAGAGUUAAACUGGAGAAGGCAGAGAACGACUACAUCAACGCCAGCCUGGUGGUCAUAGAGGAGGCCCAGAGGAGUUACAUUUUAACUCAGGUGACUUGUCAUUCGUGUUAUUGUUGUCCAUUCUGUUGUUAUGUUGUCCAUUCUGUUAUAUUGUGUCCAUCUGUUGUUGUGUCGUCCAUUAUUUGUUAUUGUCGUCCAUUCUGUUGUUAUUGUCGUCCAUUCUGUUGUUAUUGUUGUCCAUUCUGUUGUUAUUGUCGUCCAUUCUGUUGUUAUUUGUAGUCCAUUUCUGUUGUUAUUGUUGUCCAUUCUGUUGUUAUUGUCGUCCAUUCUGUUGGUUAUUGUUGUCCAUUCUGUUGUUAUUGUUGUCCAUUCUGUUGUUAUUGUCGUCCAUUCUGUUGUUAUUGUUGUCCAUUCUGUUGUUUUGUUGUCCAUUAUGUGUUAUUGUUGUCCAUUCUGUUGUUAUUGUCGUCCAUUCUGUUGUUAUUGUUGUCCAUUCUGUUGUUAUUGUUGUCCAUUCUGUUGUUAUUGUUGUCCAUUCUGUUGUUAUUGUCGUCCAUUCUGUUGUUAUUGUCGUCCAUUCUGUUGUUAUUGUCGUCCAUUCUGUUAUUGUCGUCCAUUCUGUUGUUAUUGUUGUCCAUUCUGUUGUUAUUGUUGUCCAUUCUGUUGUUAUUGUCGUCCAUUCUGUUGUUAUUGUUGUCCAUUCUGUUGUUAUUGUCGUCCAUUCUGUUGUUAUUGUCGUCCAUUCUGUUGUUAUUGUCGUCCAUUCUGUUGUUAUUGUCGUCCAUUCUGUUGUUAUUGUCGUCCAUUCUGUUGUUAUUGUCGUCCAUUCUGUUAUUGUCGUCCAUUCUGUUAUUGUCGUCCAUUCUGUUAUUGUCGUCCAUUCUGUUGUUAUUGUCGUCCAUUCUGUUGUUAUUGUCGUCCAUUCUGUUGUUAUUGUCGUCCAUUCUGUUGUUAUUGUUGUCCAUGCUGUUGUUAUUGUUGUCCAUUCUGUUGUUAUUGUCGUCCAUUCUGUUGUUAUUGUCGUCCAUUCUGUUGUUAUUGUCGUCCAUCUACAGCCCUCUAAUAUGAUGUUUUCCUCUUUGUAUUGUUUCUUUCCUAUUAUGUCUGACUUCUAUUAACAUAACUAACUCUUGAUUAACAGAACUAACACUUGAUUAACAGAGCUAACACUUGAUUAACAGAGCUAACACUUGAUUAACAGAGCUAACACUUGAUUAACAGAGCUAACACUUGAUUAACAGAGCUAACACUUGAUUAACAGAGAUAACACUUGAUUAACAGAGAUAACACUUGAUUAACAGAGAACACUUGAUUAACAGGGCUAACACUUGAUUAACAGAACUAACACUUGAUUAACAGAACUAACACUGAUUAACAGAACACUUGAUUAAAAGAACACUUGAUUCACAGUACUGACACUGAUUAACAGAACUAACACUGAUUAAAAGAACACUUGAUUAAAAGAACACUUGAUUAACAGAACACUUGAUUAACAGAACACUCGAUUAACAGAACUAACAUUUGAUUAACAGAAAUAACACUUGAUUCACAGAACACUUGAUUCACAGAACACUUGAUUCACAGAACACUUGAUUCACAGAACUGACACUUGAUUAACAGAACACUUGAUUAACAGAACACUUGAUUAACAGAGCUAACACUUGAUUAACAGAGCUAACACUUGAUUAACAGAGCUAACACUUGAUUAACAGAGCUAACACUUGAUUAACAGAGCUAACACUUGAUUAACAGAGCUAACACUUGAUUAACAGAGCUAACACUUGAUUAACAGGGCUAACACUUGAUUAACAGAACUAACACUGAUUAACAGAACACUUGAUUAAAAGAACACUUGAUUCACAGUACUGACACUGAUUAACAGAACUAACACUGAUUAAAAGAACACUUGAUUAAAAGAACACUUGAUUAACAGAACACUUGAUUAACAGAACACUUGAUUAACAGAACACUCGAUUAACAGAACUAACAUUUGAUUAACAGAACUAACACUUGAUUCACAGAACACUUGAUUCACAGAAGCCUUGAUUCACAGAAGACUUGAUUCACAGAACACUUGAUUCACAGAACUGACACUGAUUAACAGAACACUUGAUUAACAGAACACUUGACUAACAGAACUAACACUUGAUUCACAGAACACUUGAUUCACAGAACACUUGAUUCACAGAACUGACACUGAUCAACAGAACUAACACUAAUUAACAGAACUAACACUUGAUUAACAGAACACUUGAUUAACAGAACACUUGAUUAACAGAACACUUGAUUAAAAGAACAAACAGUUGAUUAAAAGAACAAACAGUUGAUUAACAGAACAAAUAGUUGAUUAACAUAACAAAUAGUUGAUUAACAGAACAAAUAGUUGAUUAACAGAACUAACACUCGAUUCACAGAACUAACACUCGAUUCACAGAGCUAACACUCGAUUAACAGAGCUAACACUUGAUUCACAGAGCUAACACUUGAUUAACAGAGCUAACACUUGAUUAACAGAGCUAACACUUGAUUCACAGAGCUAACACUUGAUUAACAGAGCUAACACUUGAUUCACAGAGCUAACACUUGAUUAACAGAGCUAACACUUGAGUAAAAGAACACUUGAUUGACAGAACUAACACUGAUUAAUGAUUCACAGAACUAACACUCGAUUAACAGAACUAACACUCGAUUAACAGAACUAACACUCGAUUCACAGAACUAACACUCGAUUAACAGAACUAACACUCGAUUAACAGAACUAACACUCGAUUCACAUAACUAACACUCGAUUCACAGAACUAACACUCGAUUCACAGAACUAACACUCGAUUCACAGAACUAACACUCGAUUCACAUAACUAACACUCGAUUCACAGAACUAACACUCGAUUCACAGAACUAACACUCGAUUCACAGAACUAACACUCGAUUCACAGAACUAACACUCGAUUCACAGAACACUUGAUUCACAGAACUAACACUUGAUUAACAGAGCUAACACUGAUUAACAGAACACUUGAUUAAAAGAACACUUGAUUCACAGAACUGACACUGAUCAACAGAACACUUGAUUCACAGAGCACUUGAUUCACAGAACACUUGAUUCACAGAACUGACACUGAUCAACAGAACUAACACUAAUUAACAGAACUAACACUUGAUUAACAGAACACUUGAUUAAAAUAACAAACAAUUGAUUAACAGAACAAAUAGUUGAUUAACAGAACAAACAUUUGAUUAACAGAACAAACAUUUGAUUAACAGAACAAACAGUUGAUUAACAGAACAAACAGAACAAACAGUUGAUUAGCAGAAACAGCGCCGGAGAAGAUGGCUGCCGUUUUACAGCCCUCUAACCAUUUGUACUAUUAUGUGUGUUUUUCCGCGUUAUUUGUAAUUUAUUUUGUACAUAAUGUUUCUGCCAUCGUCUCUUAUAACUAAAAAGAGCUUCUGGAUAUCAGGACAGCGAUUACUCACCUCGUAUUGGACGAAGAUUUUUUCUUCAACGAGGCGGCCGCGAAGGAUAUCAUACAGACACCCGACAAGGCCCAAAUCCCCGUCAUUCGCAUGAGGAAGAGACGGAGAUAUCGUGGACGUAGAUCGGGGUGCCUUGUAAGGAUCCGACGGCGAGCGAGUAAACUGCCUCUUCCAUCAAUCCUAUUAGCCAAUCUUCAAUCAUUGGAUAACAAAUUGGAUGACCUAAGAUUACGGUUAUCCUACCAACGGGACAUUAAAAACUGUAAUAUCUUAUGUUUCACCGAGUCGUGGCUGAACGACAUGGAUAACAUACAGCUAGCGGGCUAUACGCUACAUCGGCAGAAUAGAACGGCUGACACCGGUAAGACAAGGGGUGGCGGUCUGUGUAUAUUUGUAAACAACAGCUGGUGCACAAAAUCAAAUACUAAGGAAGUCUCGAGGUUUUGCUCGCCUGAGGUAGAGUAUCUUAUGAUAAGCUGUAGACCACACUAUUUACCAAGAGAGUUUUCAUCUAUAUUUUUCAUAGCUGUCUAUUUACCACCACAAACCAAUGCUGGCAUUAAGAUUGCACUGAAUGAGUUGUAUAAGGCCAUAAAUCAACAGGAAAACGCUCAUCCAGAUGCAGCGCUCCUAGUGGCCGGGGACUUUAAUGCAGGGAAACUUAAAUCCGUUCUACCUAAUUUCUACCAGCUGUUAAAUGUGCAACCAGAGGAAAAAAAACUCUAGACCACCUUUACUCCACACACAGAGACGCAUACAAAGCUCUCCCUCGCCCUCCAUUUGGCAAAUCUGACCAUAACUCUAUCCUCCUGAUUCCUGCUUAUAAGCAAAAACUAAAGCAGGAAGCACCAGUGACUCGGUUAAUAAAAAAGUGGUCAGAUGACGCAGAUGCUAAGCUACAGGACUGUUUUGCUAGCACAGACUGGAACAUGUUCCGGGAUUUUCUUCAGACAGCAUUGAGGAGUACACCACAUCCGUCACUGGCUUCAUCAAUAAGUGCAUCGAUGAUGUCGUCCCCACAGUGACCGUACGUACAUACCCCAACCAGAAGCCAUGGAUUACAGGCAACAUCCACACUAAGCUAAAGGGUAGAGCUGCCGCUUUCAAGGAGCGGGACUCUAACCCAGGUGCUUAUAAGAAAUCCCGCUAUGCCCUCCGACAAACCAUCAAACAGGCAAAGAGUCAAUACAGGACUAAGAUUGAAUCCUACUACACCGGCUCCGACGCUCGUCGGAUGUGGCAGGGCUUGAAAACUAUUACAGACUACAAAGGGAAGCACAGCCGCGAGCUGCCCAGUGACACAAGCCUACCAGAUGAGCUAAACCACUUCUAUGCUCGCUUCGAGGCAAGCAACACUGAAGCAUGCAUGAGAGCACCAGCUGUUCCGGAUGACUAUGUGAUCACGCUCUCCGUAGCCGAUGUGAGUAAGACUUUUAAGCAGGUCAACAUUCACAAGGCCGCAGGGCCAGACGGAUUACCAGGACGUGUACUCCGAGCAUGUGCUGACCAACUGGCAAGUGUCUUCACUGACAUUUUCAACAUGUCCCUGACUGAGUCUGUAAUACCAACAUGUUUCAAGCAGACCACCAUAGUCCCCGUGCCCAAGGACCUGCCUAAAUGACUACCGACCCGUAGCACUGACGUCUGUAGCCAUGAAGUGCUUUGAAAGGCUGGUCAUGGCUCACAUCAACAGCAUUAUCCCAGAAACCCUAGACCCACUCCAAUUUGCAUACCGCCCCAACAGAUCCACAGAUGAUGCAAUCUCUAUUGCACUCCACACUGCCCUUUCCCACCUGGACAAGAGGAACACCUACGUGAGAAUGCUAUUCAUUGACUACAGCUCAGCAUUCAACACCAUAGUGCCCUCUAAGCUCAUCACUAAGCUAAGGAUCCUGGGACUAAACACCUCCCUCUGCAACUGGAUCCUGGACUUCCUGACGGGCCGCCCCCAGGUGGUAAGGGUAGGUAACAACACAUCUGCCACACUGAUCCUCAACACGGGGGCCCCUCAGGGGUGCGUGCUCAGUCCCCUCUUGUACUCUCUGUUCACCCAUGACUGCAUGGCCAGACACGACCCCAACACCAUCAUUAAGUUUGCCGACGACACAACAGUGGUAGGCCUGAUCACCGACAACGAUGAGACAGCCUAUAGGGAGGAGGUCAGAGACCUGGCCGUGUGGUGCCAGGACAACAACCUCUCCCUCAACGUGACCAAGACAAAGGAGAUGAUUGUGGACUACAGGAAAAAAAAGAGGACUGAGCACGCCCCCAUUCUCAUCGACGGGGCUGUAGUGGAACAGGUUGAGAGCUUCAAGUUCCUUGGUGUCCACAUCACCAACAAACUAUCAUGGUCCAAACACACCAAGACAGUCGUGAAGAGGGCACGACAAAGCCUAUUCCCCCUCAGGAGACUGAAAAGAUUUGGCAUGGGUCCUCAGAUCCUCAAAAAAUUCUACAGCUGCACCAUCGAGAGCAUCCUGACUGGUUGCAUCACCGCCUGGUAUGGCAACUGCUUGGCCUCCGACCGCAAGGCACUACAGAGGGUAGUGCGUACGGCCCAGUACAUCACUGGGGCCAAGCUUCCUGCCAUCCAGGACCUCUAUACCAGGCGGUGUCAGAGGAAGGCCCUCAAAAUUGUCAAAGACUCCAGCCACCCUAGUCAUAGACUGUUCUCUCUGCUACCGCACGGCAAGCGGUACCGGAGUGCCAAGUCUAGGUCCAAAAGACUUCUCAACAGCUUCUACCCCCAAGCCAUAAGACUCCUGAACAGCUAAUCAUGGCUACCCGGACUAUUUGCACUGCCCCCCCACCCCAUCCUUUUACGCUGCUGCUACUCUGUUAAUUAUUUAUGCAUAGUCACUUUAACUCUACCCACAUGUACAUAUUACUUCAACUACCUCAACUAGCCGGUGCCCCCGCACAUUGACUCUGCACCGGUACCCCCCUGUAUAUAUAGCCUCCCUACUGUUAUUAUAUUUUACUUCUGCUCUUUUUUUUCUCAACACUUUUUUUGUUGUUGUUUUAUUUGUACUUUUUUGUUAAAAAUAAAUGCACUGUUGGUUAAGGGCUGUAAGUAAGCAUUUCACUGUAAUGUCUGCACCUGUUGUAUUCGGCGCAUGUGGCCAAUAAAAUUUGAUUUGAUUUGAUUAACAGAACAAACAGAACUAACACUUGAUUAACAGAACUAACACAGUGAUGUUGUUAUGAAGGUUAUGUUCAACCACAGCCACAGGGAUGUUGUCAAUGGUUGUUAUGAAGGAUCUGUUUAACCACAGCCAAACUGAUGAUGUUACAGAGCAAUGACUGGAAACAGGAAAUGGAUGAUGAGGAUGAAGGGUUUGAGGGGAGGAACUAAUCGUUACCAAAUUGACUAAAACAAUCUGUUUGCACUCUGACCUGGUGGUGUGAUAUUAUAUGAAUGGUGUUUCUAAGCCUGAAAAAAGUUACAAAUAGAACUGUUGAUAUCUUGUAAUAUUUAUUACUUGACUGACCCCCAAAUGCACUUUAAUUUCCCAAUGCCUAAUCUUGGUUAGCUAAUGGGUUUGUGUCUGUCUGUCUGUCUGUAUGGUCUGUCUGUCUGUCUGUCUGUAUGGUCUGUAUGGUCUGUCUGUCUGUAUGGUCUGUCUGUCUGUAUGGUCUGUCUGUCUGUCUGUCUGCCUGUCUGUCAUCCACAGGGCCCUCUGAGGAACACCUGUGGUCACUUCUGGUUGAUGAUCUGGGAACAAAAUACCAAGGCUGUCGACACAGUUUAGCUGGAUCGUGAAUUAGUAUUGGGCUGUCACAUUAACAAUAUAACGGAUCAGGGGUACAUUAGCUGUUAUAAUGACUAACAGAAUAGAAAGGGAUCAGUGAGUACAUAGGUGUAAAGCUGAAUAGAGUUAUGAGAAGGAUAGUGAUACUUCGGCUGUUUUAAUGCUGAACAGACGUUUUUGAUAGGAUAGUGUAAAUUUGUACUGUAUUGUUGAAAAGUAAAGAUGAUCUGGUACUUUAGGGCUUUUAAAAGCUUCAAGUCAAAGAAGGUCAGUGAGUAUUAGGCGCUCAUGUGACAAUUAAGAAAGGAUUUGAGUUUGGUGUUAUAAUGGAACAGAAUAGAAAGGGAUAAACAUUCUGUAUAAUGUGAACAGAAGUCUAACAAGGGAUCAGUGUGUAUUGAGGGUUAUAUGCUGAACCACAGUAUAGAAGGGAUGUGAGUCAAUGGUUGUUAUAAGGAAAUCGGUUAAAAGGGACGUGAGCCAUAAACUGAUCAUGCUGACAGAGCAUAGAGAAUGGAUCAUGAACAUUGGCUGAUCAGGCUGACAGAGUUAUAGAGAGGUAGGAACAUUGGGUUCCAAAUGUAACAGAGUUAUAGAACGGAUCUGAGACUUUGGUUUGUGUGACAGUCAUAGGAAGGGAUGUUAAUUAGCCUGCAUAAAUGCUAAACAGAAUAGAGAUGUGAAUCUUGGGGUAAUUAUGUCAUCAUGCUGAACAGAAUGAAGGACUUUAAUUGGCUCACAUCCCUAACUUGGUUAUAAAUGGGUUUGUGUACUUGGCUGUUGUAUGCUGAACGGUUUAUAGAGGUCUGAUCUUGCUUUAUAAUGGAACGUAUGGGAUCAGUGAGUACGUAGUGUCUGUCUGCUGAACAGGUCUGAGAAGGUCAUUUGGUCUUGGCUGUCUUCAUGCUAACAGGCCUCUGAGGAAAUCAGUGAGUACUUCGGGUUAUGAAUGCUGAGGAAGAAAGGAUCAGAGACAAGGCUGUCAUCAUGCUGAACAGAGUUAUAGAGAAGGGAUCAGUGAGUACAUUAGGCUGUUAUAAUGCUGAACAGAGUUAUAGAGAAGGGAUCAGUGAGUACAUUAGGCUGUCAUCAUGCUGAACAGAGUUAUAGAGAAGGGAUCAGUGAGUACAUUAGGCUGUCAUAAUGCUGAACAGAGUCAUAGAGAAGGGAUCAGUGAGUACAUUAGGCUGUUAUAAUGCUGAACAGAGUCAUAGAGAAGGGAUCAGUGAGUACAUUAGGCUGUUAUAAUGCUGAACAGAGUUAUAGGGGAAGGGAUCAGUGAGUACAUUAGGCUGUUAUAAUGCUGAACAGAGUUAUAGAGAAGGGAUCAGUGAGUACAUAAGGCUGUUAUAAUGCUGAACAGUCAUAGAGAAGGGAUCAGUGAGUACAUAACUACUAUCUUCUAGUAUUGCCUGCAUGUGGUACACAGAUCACACUAUUUUUGGUAAGAUGGGGGAGUGAAAAGCCACUUUCUGUGGAGUUGUAUUUCCUCCGACUGUGGUUUAGAGAAUGGGAGGGGGCCUGACAGUUCCCCAAGCACAGGCUUUUAUUCUUCAGAUGCUGCUUGAGCCAACCUCCCCUUCAUGCAUAGUGCUUAUGCAGUAUAUUAUUAAGACUGGAAACGCUUCUCUUUUCUGUCACGAGUUCACCGUUCAACUAAGGUGUCUGACUUACUGACUGACUGACUGACUGGCUGACUGGCUGACUGGCUGACUGGCUGACUGGCUGACUGGCUGACUGGCUGACUGGCUGACUGGCUGACUUACUGACUUACUGACUUGCUGACUGGCUGACUGGCUGACUUACUGACUUGCUGACUGGCUGACUGACUGACUGGCUGACUGACUGGCUGACUGGCUGACUGUCUGGCUGACUGGCUGACUGGCUGACUGGCUGACUUACUGGCUGACUGACUGACUGACUGACUGACUGGCUGACUGGCUGACUGACUGACUGACUGGCUGACUGGCUGACUUACUGACUGGCUGACUGGCUGACUUACUGACUGACUGACUGGCUGACUGACUGGCUGACUGGCUGACUGACUGACUGACUGGCUGACUGGCUGACUGGCUGGCUGACUGGCUGACUGGCUGACUGGCUGACUGUCUUCUGUAUUUCCCGCCUGACAGGAAAAGUGUGCUCAGUAUUGGCCAACGCAGGAUGAGCAUGAGAUGUCGUUCAGAGAUACACAUUUCCUGAUAACGCUGGUUUCAGAAGACGUCAAGUCCUACUACACAACCAGAGUGCUGGAGCUGCAUAAUGAGAAGGUGAGUCACUUUAACAUGAUGGAAGUCUGAGUAAUGCACCAGGGCUUGUCUCCAUAAAGCAUGUCAUAGCAAGAGUGCUAGUCUAGGAUCAGGUCUCCUCUGUGAUCUAAAACUUUAAACUGAUGCUAGAUCAGGGUGAAGGAGUUGUAGAAUGCUAACGAGUCAUAUAUCUAAAAUGGUGUGAAUAUGAUGAUGCAUCAGAGAUGACGUUGUGAUACAUCUCUAUUAGAGCUGGGCGAUAUGGACAAUAAGUAAUAUCGCAAUAUAAAACUGACUUUUCCAUUAGUGUCAGGGCUCUAGACUGACUUCCAUUAGUGGCAGGGCUCUAGACUGACUUUUCCAUUAGUGGCAGGGCUCUAGACUGACUUUUCCAUUAGUGGCAGGGCUCUAGACUGACUUUUCCAUUAGUGGCAGGGCUCUAGACUGACUUUUCCAUUAGUGGCAGGGCUCUAGACUGACUUUUCCAUUAGUGGCAGGGCUCUAGACUGACUUUUCCAUUAGUGGCAGGGCUCUAGACUGACUUUUCCAUUAGUGGCAGGGCUCUAGACUGACUUUUCCAUUAGUGGCAGGGCUCUAGACUGACUUUUCCAUUAGUAGCAGGGCUCUAGACUGACUUUUCCAUUAGUGGCAGGGCUCUAGACUGACUUUUCCAUUAGUGGCAGGGCUCUAGACUGACUUUUCCAUUAGUGGCAGGGCUCUAGACUGACUUUUCCAUUAGUGUCAGGGCUCUAGACUGACUUUUCCAUUAGUGGCAGGGCUCUAGACUGACUUUUCCAUUAGUGGCAGGGCUCUAGACUGACUUUUCCAUUAGUGGCAGGGCUCUAGACUGACUUUUCCAUUAGUGGCAGGGCUCUAGACUGACUUUUCCAUUAGUAGCAGGGCUCUAGACUGACUUUUCCAUUAGUAGCAGGGCUCUAGACUGACUUUUCCAUUAGUGGCAGGGCUCUAGACUGACUUUUCCAUUAGUGGCAGGGCUCUAGACUGACUUUUCCAUUAGUGGCAGGGCUCUAGACUGACUUUUCCAUUAGUGGCAGGGCUCUAGACUGACUUUUCCAUUAGUGGCAGGGCUCUAGACUGACUUUUUCCAUUAGUGGCAGGGCUCUAGACUGACUUUUCCAUUAGUGGCAGGGCUCUAGACUGACUUUUCCAUUAGUGGCAGGGCUCUAGACUGACUUUUCCAUUAGUGGCAGGGCUCUAGACUGACUUUUCCAUUAGUGGCAGGGCUCUAGACUGACUUUUCCAUUAGUGGCAGGGCUCUAGACUGACUUUCCAUUAGUGGCAGGGCUCUAGACUGACUUUUCCAUUAGUGGCAGGGCUCUAGACUGACUUUUCCAUUAGUGUCAGGGCUCUAGACUGACUUUUCCAUUAGUGGCAGGGCUCUAGACUGACUUUUCCAUUAGUAGCAGGGCUCUAGACUGACUUUUCCAUUAGUGUCAGGGCUCUAGACUGACUUUUCCAUUAGUGGCAGGGCUCUAGACUGACUUUUCCAUUAGUGGCAGGGCUCUAGACUGACUUUUCUGUGACUUUAUCCACUCCACAUAGAAACGUAUACAGUACAUACAAACAACAACUUACAGACGCACAGAAACAAUGACUACAUCUCAUAUGCCCAGACCCUCAUGCUCUCACCUCCAUCCCUGCCCAGACCCUCAUGCUCUCACCUCCAUCCCUGCCCAGACCCUCAUGCUCUCACCUCCAUCCCUGACCAGACCCUCAUGCUCUCACCUCCAUCCCUGCCCAGACCCUCAUGCUCUCACCUCCAUCCCUGCCCAGACCCUCAUGCUCUCACCUCCAUCCCUGACCAGACCCUCAUGCUCUCACCUCCAUCCCUGACCAGACCCUCAUGCUCUCACCUCCAUCCCUGACCAGACCCUCAUGCUCUCACCUCCAUCCCUGCCCAGACCCUCAUGCUCUCACCUCCAUCCCUGCCCAGACCCUCAUGCUCUCACCUCCAUCCCUGCCCAGACCAUCUCACCUCCAUCCCUGCCCAGACCCUCAUGCUCUCACCUCCAUCCCUGACCUACAUGCUCUCACCUCCAUCCCUGCCCAGACCCUCAUGCUCUCACCUCCAUCCCUGACCAGACCUUAAUGCUCUCACCUCCAUCCCUGACCAGACCCUCAUGCUCUCACCUCCAUCCCUGACCAGACCCUCAUGCUCUCACCUCCAUCCCUGACCAGACCCUCAUGCUCUCACCUCCAUCCCUGACCAGACCCUCAUGCUCUCACCUCCAUCCCUGCCCAGACCCUCAUGCUCUCACCUCCAUCCCUGACCAGACCCUCAUGCUCUCACCUCCAUCCCUGACCAGACCCUCAUGCUCUCACCUCCAUCCCUGCCCAGAACCUCAUGCUCUCACCUCCAUCCCUGCCCAGACCCUCAUGCUCUCACCUCCAUACCUGCCCAGACCCUCAUGCUCUCACCUCCAUCCCUGACCAGACCCUCAUGCUCUCACCUCCAUCCCUGACCAGACCCUCAUGCUCUCACCUCCAUCCCUGACCAGACCCUCAUGCUCUCACCUCCAUCCCUGACCAGACCCUCAUGCUCUCACCUCCAUCCCUGACCAGACCCUCAUGCUCUCACCUCCAUCCCUGACCAGACCCUCAUGCUCUCACCUCCAUCCCUGACCAGACCCUCAUGCUCUCACCUCCAUCCCUGACCAGACCCUCAUGCUCUCACCUCCAUCCCUGACCAGACCCUCAUGCUCUCACCUCCAUCCCUGACCAGACCCUCUCACCUACAUCCCUGACCAGACCCUCUCACCUCCAUCCCUGCCCAGACCCUCAUUCUCUCACCUCCAUCCCUAGAGCCUGCAUUAUUGUUUGCCACUUGGCCUUAAAUUGUACCAGUUGUUUUUUCUCGGUCGUCCAUGCUAUUUCAAUAUUUCAAUAAUAAAUCAUUAGAUUUUUCCAUUGUGUUAAUUAUGGCGGAUUGAUUGAUAUCCAAGUUUUUAGUAUACGUUUUAUCAAGAUGAGUGAUCAAAAGAGAAUAGUCCAGCCCAUUGGGUGUCUCACUACACCCCCAUAUGAAAUAUACAGACAGAUGGAUUAAAAGUCAGUUUACAUUGUAAUACUUCUGACAGCCAACUUUCUAGCUCCAUCCAUAACUUUUGGACUUUGUAGCAUUCCCAGAAAGCAUAGAUUAUUGAGUCAUUGUUCGUUUUACACUUAAGACAUGACUCUGCCGUUGUGCUGUAGAAUUUAUGAAUUUUGUUGUAUAAUAAAUUCUAUACAUUAGUUUAUACUGGAUUAAGCGUACAUUUUCGUUAUCUGUAAUUUAGUUAGUUAUGCUCCAUCAUUCCCUCCAUUUUGUGCCAACAUCAGUUAUUUUUAAGUCUCGGUUCCAAUAGUUUAUAUUUUCUUCUAAGUGAUUGUCAGUUGGAUCGGCUCUCUGCAAGGUUUUGUAUAUCUUCCCUAUCAUAUGAACAUCCUUUUCUGACUCAAAUAAGAUUCCUUCAAGGUUGCUCUGAUUUUAGUGAUAUGUAACUUUUAAGUUGUAUAUAUUUGAAACUAUCUACAUUCUAUCAUGUAAAUAAAUAUAUUUUCCAAUUUAUCAGUGAAUUCUGAAAAGCUAUCCAAGGAUUGUUCCAUAAGGUUGUGUUUUUAGGGAGUGAUAUUGGUUGUUGUAGAAUAAGUUUAUAGUGUUUUUAACUAUGAAGUUGUUAAUGUUCUUAGCUUUAUCCUUUGAAAAUAGACAGGUAAAAAGAUUCUGGGGAUGAGCAUGCGCAUCUUCACUAUGUACCCAUUGUUCCUCUUUAGUGCGUUUAACAAUAUGUCGCACGUAAAAGCCUUGAAUAGCCAGUUGAUGCAAUUCCAAGUCUGGAAGGUUAAAACCCCCCUCAGACUGAGGAAGAUAUAAAACUUUCCUCUUUAUUCUAUGAGUUUUAUUUGCCCAAAUAAAGUCUGUUAUGACCGAUAUAUGACCUUAUGGGUCUAUAAUCAGCAGGGGACUCUCCAAAUUUACCUGGUUUCAAUAUAACUGAAAUAACUGUUUGAUACAUGGAACUAGGAAGUACUGACCUGUGUGACGUGUGUUGUCAUUUGUGUAAAUAGUGGUGCUACUAUAAAUAAUAAUAAUGUCCCAAAAUGUUGAAUAGAAUUCUCUGGGAAAGCUUCCGUUCCUGGUGCUUUUCUCUGUGUGAAUGUUUUAACAGUAUGUCAUAUUUAUUCGUGAGUGAUCACUGUUUUAAGUGAUUUUUUUUUUUUUGUCUGUUGAUAUUUUCUUCGGAGUUGAGUCUAAGAAGGCUAUAGGAUCCAUCCAACUGUUUCAUUCUGAUUUAUAUAAAUGUUCAUAGCCUGCAUGUUUUUGGCAUAAUGCUGGCCUAGGCCAUAUGCUACAUGAUUCACCACCUGAGGAAGUGGGAACUCAAAACACAUCAGCAAGAUUGCUCAUUUUAAAUGUCAAACUGUUGCUAGAUUGAUCUAACAAUACAUUUAAUGUCCUACAAAAGCGUUCCAUUGGUAGGCUCCACUUCAUUCCAUAGACGCAUCAUCUCAAGUACAUACUCAGUUUGUAAAGUGGUGUUAUUUCCUUAACAUUGAGAGUUGAGAAAUACUUUCUAUACUCCCAUAAAGCUGAGACGCUCCUCUUUUUUAACAACAGUAAAUGCAUCCCUCCCUUCACUCCGUGUGCAAAGUGGGGAGAUGGAGUGAGAGCCUGCAGCGAGACAGGGCAGAUACAGACAAUGGGGAGAGGGAGUGAGAGCCUGCAGCGAGACAGGGCAGAUACAGACAAUGGGGAGAGGGAGUGAGAGCCUGCAGCGAGACAGGGCAGAUACAGACAAUGGGGAGAGGGAGUGAGAGCCUGCAGCGAGACAGGGCAGAUACAGACAAUGGGGAGAGGGAGUGAGAGCCUGCAGCGAGACAGGGCAGAUACAGACAAUGCAAGAAGCAGGUUUAGAACCAAGAUAUCUGCAGGAACGUUGUGUAGCCUAUCAUCAAAUACAGGUCGUCAAGAUAGAGGGAAACCUGUCGGUAAGAGUAGGGCACUGUCGGUAAGAGUAGUAGGGCACUGUCGGUAAGAGUAGGGCACUGUCGGUAAGAGUAGGGCACUGUCGGUAAGAGUAGGGCACUGUCGGUAAGAGUAGGGCACUGUCGGUAAGAGUAGGGCACUGUCGGUAAGAGUAGGGCACUGUCGGUAAGAGUAGGGCACUGUCGGUAGAGUAGGGCACUGUCGGUAAGAGUAGGGCACUGUCGGUAAGAGUAGGGCACUGUCGGUAAGAGUAGGCACUGUCGGUAAGAGUAGGGCACUGUCGGUAAGAGUAGGGCACUGUCGGUAAGAGUAGGGCACUGUCGGUAAGAGUAGGGCACUGUCGGUAAGAGUAGGGCACUGUCGGUAAGAGUAGGGCACUGUCGGUAAGAGUAGGGCACUGUCGGUAAGAGUAGGGCACUGUCGGUAAGAGUAGGGCACUGUCGGUAAGAGUAGGGCACUGUCGGUAAGAGUAGGGCACUGUCGGUAAGAGUAGGGCACUGUCGGUAAGAGUAGGGCACUGUCGGUAAGAGUAGGGCACUGUCGGUAAGAGUAGGGCACUGUCGGUAAGAGUAGGGCACUGUCGGUAAGAGUAGGGCACUGUCGGUAAGAGUAGGGCACUGUCGGUAAGAGUAGGGCACUGUCGGUAAGAGUAGGGCACUGUCGGUAAGAGUAGGGCACUGUCGGUAAGAGUAGGGCACUGUCGGUAAGAGUAGGGCACUGUCGGUAAGAGUAGGGCACUGUCGGUAAGAGUAGGGCACUGUCGGUAAGAGUAGGGCACUGUCGGUAAGAGUAGGGCACUGUCGGUAAGAGUAGGGCACUGUCGGUAAAGAGUAGGGCACUGUCGGUAAGAGUAGGGCCUGUCGGUAAGAGGUAGGGCACUGUCGGUAAGAGUAGGGCACUGUCGGUAAGAGUAGGGCACUGUCGGUAAGAGUAGGGCCACUGUCGGUAAGAGUAGGGGCACUGUCGGUAAGAGUAGGGCACUGUCGGUAAGAGUAGGGCACUGUCGGUGUCAGUCAUUUUCAGUUUAUCGUCCACUAAUUAUAGUUCACUAAUCUCUAUCUAUUAUCCCCUCCCUUCCUGCCCAGGGACCUCAUACAGUGUCCUACUAUCUCCAGGGUCAGGGUCAAUACAGUGUCCUACUAUCUCCAGGGUUAGGGUCAAUACAGUGUCCCUACUAUCUCCAGGGUCAGGGUCAAUACAGUUGUCCUACUAUCUCCAGGGUCAGGGUCAAUACACGUGUCCUACUAUCUCCAGGGUCAGGGUCAAUACCAGUGUCCUACUAUCUCCAGGGUCAGGGUCAAAUACAGUGUACUACUAUACUCCAGGGUCAGGGUCAAUACAGUGUCCUACUAUCUCCAGGGUCAGGGUCAAUACAGUGUCCUACUAUCUCCAGGGUUAGGGUCAAUACAGUGUACUACUAUCUCCAGGGUCAGGGUCAAUACAGUGUCCUACUAUCUCCAGGGUUAGGGUCAAUACAGUGUCCUACUAUCUCCAGGGUUAGGGUCAAUACAGUGUCCUACUAUCUCCAGGGUUAGGGUCAAUACAGUGUCCUACUAUCUCCAGGGUUAGGGUCAAUACAGUGUCCUACUAUCUCCAGGGUUAGGGUCAAUACAGUGUCCUACUAUCUCCAGGGUUAGGGUCAAUACAGUGUCCUACUAUCUCCAGGGUUAGGGUCAAUACAGUGUCCUACUAUCUCCAGGGUUAGGGUCAAUACAGUGUCCUACUAUCUCCAGGGUUAGGGUCAAUACAGUGUCCUACUAUCUCCAGGGUUAGGGUCAAUACAGUGUCCUACUAUCUCCAGGGUUAGGGUCAAUACAGUGUCCUACUAUCUCCAGGGUUAGGGUCAAUACAGUGUACUACUAUCUCCAGGGUCAGGGUCAAUACAGUGUCCUACUAUCUCCAGGGUUAGGGUCAAUACAGUGUCCUACUAUCUCCAGGGUCAGGGUCAAUACAGUGUCCUACUAUCUCCAGGGUCAGGGUCAAUACAGUGUCCUACUAUCUCCAGGGUCAGGGUCAAUACAGUGUCCUACUAUCUCCAGGGUUAGGGUCAAUACAGUGUCCUACUAUCUCCAGGGUUAGGGUCAAUACAGUGUCCUACUAUCUCCAGGGUCAGGGUCAAUACAGUGUACUCCUCCUAUCUCUUUUUUUCCAAGGAUCAGAAUUGGAAUUUGUUUGCUUCCUGAAUUGAAGUGGAAUUGAGUCCAAUCCUGCUCCUGACUAUAUCUACAGUACGUCCCAAAUGACACCCUAUUCCCUUUGUGGUGCAGUUUAGACCGGGGCCCACAGGACUCUGGUCAGAAGUAAUGUACUAUAUAGGGAAUAGGGUGCCAUUUGGGACACAAGCAAUGUCUUUUGUCCUCUGUGUCUUACAGACGGGGGAGAAGAGAGAGAUCUAUCACUUUCACUACACCACCUGGCCUGACUUUGGUGUCCCAGAAUCGCCGGCGUCCUUCCUCAACUUCCUGUUCAAGGUGCGGGAGUCUGGCUCGUUGGGGGCGGACCACGGACCGGCGGUGGUGCACUGCAGCGCUGGAAUUGGCCGCUCAGGCACCCUCUCAUUGGUUGACACCUGUCUGGUCCUGGUAAGCCCCACCCCUCACACUAACUAGUCUGAUAAUUUGGUAGUUUUACAGUUGACACCAUAAACCAGUCAUGUCAAACUCAUUUCCCCAGCAUUCGGUCCAGAAGGGGCGCACUUAUUUAUACAGUGCAUUCGGAAAGUAUUCAGACCCCUUCCCCUUUUCCACAUACAGCCUUAUUCUAAAAUGGAUUGAAAAAAAAAUACCCUAUAAUGACAACGUGAAAACAGGUUUUUAGAAAUGUUUGCAAAUUUAUAAAAAAUAAAAAAACGAUACCUUAUUUACAUAAGUAUUCAGACCCUUCGCAAUGAGACUCAAAAUUGAGCUCAGGUGCAUCCUGUGUCCAUUGAUCAUCCUUGAGAUGUUUCUACAACUUGAUUGGAGUCCACUUGGACAUGAUUUGAAAAGGCACACACCUGUCUAUAUAAGGCCCCACAGUUGACAGUGCAUGUCAGAGCAAAAACCAAGCCAUGAGGUCGAAGGAAUUGUCCGUAGAGCUCCGAGACAGGAUUGUGUCGAGGCACAGAUCUGGGGAAGGGUACCACAACAUUUCUGCAGCAUUGAAGGUCCAAGAACACAGUGGCCUCCAUCAUUCUUAAAUGGAAGAAGUUUGUAACCACCAAGACUCUUCCUAGAGCUGGCCGCCCGGCCAAACUGAGCAAUCGGGGGAGAAGGGCCUUGGUCAGGGAGGUGACCAAGAACCCGAUGGUCACUCUGACAGAGCUCCAGAGUUCCUCUGUGGAGAUGGGAGAACCUUUCAGAAGGACAACCAUCUCUGCAGCACUCCACCAAUCAGGCUUUUAAGGUAGAGUGGCCAGACGAAAGCCACUCCUCAGUAAAAGGCACAUGACAGCCUGCAUGGAGUUUGCCAAAAGGCACCUAAAGGACUCUCAGACCAUGAGAAACCAAGAUCGAACUCCAAGGCCUGAAUGCCAAACAAAGUAAAGGGUCUGACUACUUAUGAAAAUGUAAUUUUGCAAAGAUUUCUACAAACCUGUUUUUGCUUUGUCAUUAUGGGGUAUUGUGUGUAGAUUGAUACAAAUAUUGAAUCCAUUUUAGAAUAAGGCUGUAACGUAACAGAAUGUGGAAGAAGUCCAGGGGUCUGAAUACUUUCCCAAUGCUCUCUGUAUGUCCUCGCCAUUAAAAAUUGCAAAAAAAUAGUCCUCUAUCUAUCGCUUUUGGAAUUUUCAAUUCUCCCUGACUUUCUAGCUUUCGUUUCGAUGACUGUUAGCUAGCCGGGGAGAGUGAGGAGACUACCUGUAGCUCCAUGGAGUGAGGAAUACCUGAGCCCAUUAGAGUAGCUAGCUGGGGAGAGUGAGGAGAUACCUGUAGCCCCAUUAGACUGUUAGCUAGCUGGGGAGAGUGGGGGAGAUACCUGUAGCUCCAUUAGACUGUUAGCUAGCUGGGGAGAGUGGGGGAGACUACCUGUAGCCCCGUUAGACUGUUAGCUAGCUGGGGAGAGUGAGGAGACUACCUGUAGCUCCAUUAGACUGUUGCUAGCUGGGGAGAGUGAGGAGACUAACUGUAGCCCAUUAGACUGUUAGCUAGCUGGGGAGAGUGAGGAGACUACCUGUAGCUCCAUUAGACUGUUAGUAGCGGGGAGAGUGAGGAGAUACCUGUAGCUCCAUUAGACUGUUAGCUAGCUGGGGAGAGUGAGGAAGACACCUGUAGCUCCAUUAGACUGUUAGCUAGCUGGGCGAGAGUGAGGAGACUACCUGUAGCUCCAUUAGACUGUUAGCUAGCUGGGGAGAGUGGGACUACCGUAGCCCCUUAGAUGUUAGCAGCUGGGGAGAGUGAGGAGACUACCUGUGUUUCCAUUAGACUGUUAGCUAGUGGGAAGUGAGGAGACUAACCAAGAUGUAGUCGGGGAGAGUGAGAGACUCCGAGCUCAGGAUGUGCUGAGGAAGAUGGGAGGUACCACAAAUUUGCUAGCUGGAAGUGAGGAACACAGUGCUCAUUACUUCUAGCUGGGGAGAGUGAGAGUUGUAGCCCAAGACUUUCUCUGGGAGAGUGGGGACACCGGCUCAAGACUGAGCUAGCGGGGGAGAGGAGGGACUACCUGGUUAGAGUAGCUACCGGGGAGAUGGGUACUUACUGAGCUCCAAGAGUUACUCUGGGAGAUGGGAGAACCUUCAGGAAACUGUCUGCUGGGGAGAGGCAACUCCACCCUCAGGCUGUUAGCUAGCUGGGAGAGUGAGAGACUCCUAGUAUAAAGAGCGAAUGAGAGCUGAGUGGAUGUUAGCUAAGAUGAGGAACUCCGUACCAUUGAGAGCUACUGAGAGGAAACUACCUGUGCCCAAACAAAGUGGAGAGUGAGGGUCUGUACUCCUUGAAAUGUUAGUAGGGGAAAGAGACAACCUGUUUUGCUUAGCUUAUGGGGAGUGUGAGGAGACUACUGUGAGUCCAUUAGAUUAAGGGGGGGGCUUGUAUGUUGACUGUAGCAGCUGGGAGAGUGAGGAGACUACCUUAGCUCUCUGUAGCCUAGCUAAGUGAGAGAAUUAGUCCUUUAGAUGUAGCUGCUGGGAAGUGAGAGACUACCUGAGCUCGUUCGAGUUAGCUACGGGAGUUCUUCUCGUGACUGUUAGCUAGCUGGGGAGAGUGAGGAGACUACCUGUAGCUCCAUUAGACUGUUAGCUAGCUGGGGAGAGUGAGGAGACUACCUGUAGCUCCAUUAGACUGUUAGCUAGCUGGGGAGAGUGAGGAGACUACCUGUAGCUCCAUUAGACUGUUAGCUAGCUGGGGAGAGUGAGGGAGCACCUGUAUCGUUAGGACUGUUAGUAGCUGGGGAGAGGAGGAGACUACCUGUAGCUCCAUUAGACUGUUAGCUAGCUGGGGAGAGUGAGGAGACUACCUGUAGCUCCAUUAGACUGUUAGCUAGCUGGGGAGAGUGAGGAGACUACCUGUAGCUCCAUUAGACUGUUAGCUAGCUGGGGAGAGUGAGGAGACUACUGUAGCCCCAUUAGACUGUUAGCUAGCUGGGGAGAGUGAGGAGACUACCUGUAGCUCCAUUAGACUGUUAGCUAGCUGGGGAGAGUGAGGAGACUACCUGUAGCUCCAUUAGAUGUUAGCUAGCUGGGGAGAGUGAGGGGGACUACCUGUAGCUCCGUUAGACUGUUAGCUAGCUGGGGAGAGUGAGGAGACUACCUGUAGCUCCGUUAGACUGUUAGCUAGCUGGGGGAGAGUGAGGAGACUACCUGUAGCUCCGUUAGACUGUUAGCUAGCUGGGGAGAGUGAGGAGACUACCUGUAGCUCAGUUAGACUGUUAGCUAGCGGGGGAGAGUGAGGAGACUACCUGUAGCUCCAUUAGACUGUUAGCUAGCUGGGAGAGUGAGGAGACUACCUGUAGCUCCAUUAGACUGUUAGCUAGCUGGGGAGAGUGAGGAGACUACCUGUAGCUCCAUUAGACUGUUAGCUAGCUGGGGAGAGUGAGGAGUUGUAGAUGACUUUAGCCUGGUAGCUCGUCUCAUUAGACUGUUAGCUAGCUGGGGAGAGUGAGGAGACUACCUGUAGCUCCAUUAGACUGUUAGCUAGCUGGGGAGGGGUGAGGAGACUACCUGUAGCUCCAUUAGACUGUUAGCUAGCUGGGGAGAGUGAGGAGACUACCUGUAGCUCCAUUAGACUGUUAGCUAGCGGGGAGAGUGAGGAGACUACCUGUAGCUCCAUUAGACUGUUAGCUAGCUGGGGAGAGUGAGGAGACUACCUGUAGCUCCAUUAGACUGUAGCUAGCUGGGGAGAGUGAGGGACUACCUGUAGCUCCAUUAGACUGUAGUAGCUGGGGAGAGUGAGGAGACUACCUGUAGCUCCAUUAGACUGUUAGCUAGCUGGGGAGAGUGAGGGAAGUGCUCUUAGACGUUAGCUAGCUGGGAGGAGUGAGGAGCUACCUGUAGCUCCGUUAGGACUGUUAGCUAGCUGGGGAGAGUGAGGAGACUACCUGUAGCUCCAUAGACUGUUAGCUAGCUGGGGAGAGUGAGGAGACUACCUGUAGCUCCAUUAGACUGUUAGCUAGCUGGGGAGAGUGAGGAGACUACCUGUAGCUCCAUUAGACUGGUUAGCUAGCGGGGGGAAAGAGUGAGGAGACUACCUGUAGCUCCAUUAGACUGUUAGCUAGCUGGGGAGAGUGAGGAGAUACCUGUAGCUCCAUUGACUGUUAGUAGGGGAGAGUGAGGAGACUACCUGUAGCUCCAUUAGACUGUUAGCUAGCUGGGGAGGAGUGAGGAGACUACCUGUAGCUCCAUUAGACUGUAGCUAGCUGGGGAGAGUGAGGAGACUACCUGUAGCUCAUUAGACUGUUAGCUAGCUGGGGAGAGUGAGGAGACUACCUGUAGCUCCAUUAGACUGUUAGCUAGCUGGGGAGAGUGAGGAGACUAACUGUAGCUCCAUUAGACUGUUAGCUAGCUGGGGAGAGGGGAGAUCCUGAGCUCUUAGAUGUUAGCUAGCUGGGGAGAGUGAGGAGACUACCUGUAGCUCCAUUAGACUGUUAGCUAGCUGGGGAGAGUGAGGAGACUACCUGUAGCUCCAUUAGACUGUUAGCUAGCUGGGGAGAGUGAGGAGACUACCUGUAGCUCCGUUAGACUGUUAGCUAGCGGGGAGGUGAGGAGACUACCUGUAGCUCCGUUAGACUGUUAGCUAGCUGGGGAGAGUGAGGAGACUACCUGUAGCUCCAUUAGACUGUUAGCUAGCUGGGGAGAGUGAGGAGACUACCUGUAGCUCCAUUAGGACUGUUAGCUAGCUGGGGAGAGUGAGGAGACUACCUGUAGCUCCAUUAGACUGUUUAGCUAGCUGGGGAGAGUGAGGAGACUACCUGUAGCUCCAUUAGACUGUUAGCUAGCUGGGGAGAGUGAGGAGACUACCUGUAGCUCCGUUAGACUGUUAGCUAGCUGGGGGAGUGAGGAGGACUACCUGUAGCUCCUUAGACUGUUAGCUAGCUGGGGAGAGUGAGGAGACUACCUGUAGCUCCAUUAGACUGUUAGCUAGCUGGGGAGAAGUGAGGAGACUACCUGUAGCUCAUUAGACUGUUAGCUAGCUGGGGAGAGUGAGGAGACUACCUGUAGCCCCAUUAGACUGUUGCUAGCUGGGGAGAGUGAGGAGACUACCUGUAGCUCCAUUAGACUUUUAGCUAGCUGGGGAGAGUGAGGAAGACUACCUGUAGCUCCAUUAGACUGUUAGCUAGCUGGGGAGAGUGAGGAGACUACCUGUAGCUCCAUUAGACUGUUAGCUAGCUGGGGAGAGUGAGGAGACUACCUGUAGCUCCAUUAGACUGUUAGCUAGCUGGGGAGGAGAGGGGAGGAGACUACCUGUAGCUCCAUUAGACUGUUAGCUAGCUGGGGAGAGUGAGGAGACUACCUGUAGCUCCAUUAGACUGUUAGCUAGCUGGGGAGAGUGAGGAGGACUACCUGUAGCUCCAUUAGACUGUUAGGCUAGGUGGGAGAGAGAGUGUGAGGGAGGACUACCUGUAGCUCCAUUAGACUGUUAGCUAGUGGGGAGAGUGAGGAGACUACCUGUAGCUCCUUAGACUGUUAGCUAGCUGGGGAGGAGUGAGGAGACUACCUGUAGCUCCAUUAGACUGUUAGCUAGCUGGGGAGAGUGAGGAGACUACCUGUAGCUCCAUUAGACUGUUAGCUAGCUGGGGAGAGUGAGGAGACUACCUGUAGCUCCAUUAGACUGUUAGCUAGCUGGGGAGAGUGAGGAGACUACCUGUAGCUCCGUUAGAUGUUAGCUAGCUGGGGAGAGUGAGGAGACUACCUGUAGCUCCAUUAGACUGUUAGCUAGCUGGGGAGAGUGAGGAGACUACCUGUAGCUCCAUUAGACUUUUAGCUAGCUGGGGAGAGUGAGGAGACUACCUGUAGCUCCAUUAGACUGUUAGCUAGCUGGGGAGAGUGAGGAGACUACCUGUAGCUCCAUUAGACUGUUAGCUAGCUGGGGAGAGGUGAGGAGACUACCUGUAGCUCCAUUAGACUGUUAGCUAGCUGGGGAGGAGUGAGGAGACUACCUGUAGCUCCGUUAGACUGUUUAGCUAGCCGGGGGAGAGUGAGGAGACUACCUGUAGCUCCGUUAGACUGUUAGACUAGCUGGGGAGAGUGAGGAGACUACCUGUAGCUCCAUUAGACUGUUAGCUAGCUGGGGAGAGUGAGGAGACUACCUGUAGCUCCAUUAGACUGUUAGCUAGCUGGGGAGAGUGAGGAGACUACCUGUAGCUCCGUUAGACUGUUAGCUAGCUGGGGAGAGGGAGGAGACUACCUGUAGCUCCAUUGGGACUGUUAGCUAGCUGGGGAGAGUGAGGAGACUACCUGUAGCUCCGUUAGACUGUUAGCUAGCUGGGGAGAGUGAGGAGACUACCUGUAGCUCCAUUAGACUGUUAGCUAGCUGGGGAGAGUGAGGAGACUACCUGUAGCUCCAUUAGACUGUUAGCUAGCUGGGGAGAGUGAGGAGACUACCUGUAGCUCCGUUAGACUGUUAGCUAGCUGGGGAGAGUGAGGAGACUACCUGUAGCUCCAUUAGACUGUUAGCUAGCUGGGGAGAGUGAGGAGACUACCUGUAGCUCCAUUAGACUGUUAGCUAGCUGGGGAGAGUGAGGAGACUACCUGUAGCUCCAUUAGACUGUUAGCUAGCUGGGGAGAGUGAGGAGACUACCUGUAGCUCCAUUAGACUGUUAGCUAGCUGGGGAGAGGGGAGGAGACUACCUGUAGCUCCAUUAGACUGUUAGCUACCCUGGGGAGAGUGAGGAGACUACCUGUAGCUCCGUUAGACUGUUAGCUAGCUGGGGAGAGUGAGGAGACUACCUGUAGCUCCGUUAGACUGUUAGCUAGCUGGGGAGAGUGAGGAGACUACCUGUAGCUCCAUUAGACUGUUAGCUAGCUGGGGAGAGUGAGGAGACUACCUGUAGCUCCAUUAGACUGUUAGCUAGCUGGGGAGAGUGAGGAGGACUACCUGUAGCUCCAUUAGACUGUUAGCUAGCUGGGGAGAGUGAGGAGACUACCUGUAGCUCCAUUAGACUGUUAGCUAGCUGGGGAGAGUGAGGAGACUACCUGUAGCUCCUUAGACUGUUAGCUAGCUGGGGAGAGUGAGGAGACUACCUGUAGCUCCAUUAGACUGUUAGCUAGCUGGGGAGAGUGAGGAGACUACCUGUAGCUCCAUUAGACUGUUAGCUAGCUGGGGAGGGAGUGAGGAGACUACCUGUAGCUCCAUUAGACUGUUAGCUAGCUGGGGAGAGUGAGGAGACUACCUGUAGCUCCAUUAGACUGUUAGUAGCUGGGGAGAGUGAGGAGACUACCUGUAGCUCCAUUAGACUUUUAGCUAGCUGGGGAGAGUGAGGAGACUACCUGUAGCUCUUAGACUGUUAGCUAGCUGGGGAGAGUGAGAGGAGACUACCUGUAGCUCCAUAGACUGUUAGUAGCGGGGAGGGGAGACUACCGUAGCCAUUAGGUUAGCUAGCUGGGGAGAGUGAGGAGACUACCUGUAGCUCCAUUAGACUGUUAGCUAGCUGGGGAGAGUGAGGAGACUACCUGUAGCUCCAUUAGACUGUUAGCUAGCUGGGGAGAGUGAGGAGACUACCUGUAGCUCCGUUAGACUGUUAGCUAGCUGGGGAGAGUGAGGAGACUACCUGUAGCUCCAUUAGACUGUUAGCUAGCUGGGGAGAGUGAGGAGACUACCUGUAGCUCCGUUAGACUGUUAGCUAGCUGGGGAGAGUGGGAGGAGACUACCUGUAGCUCCAUUAUCAUCUUGUUUGACAGCCAUGCUUUAAACACUAUUUGAGUGUGAUGGCUCGAUACUGUAUUAUAUGUGGAGCAUAGAUUUCUAACCUGAUUUGCCUUUCUUAAUUGAUAGUUGGAUUGAAUUGGAUGGAAUAGCAUGAUGAGCAUGUUAAGGAAAAGGAAUGUUCACAGCCAACAAACACAUCUUCAGCUCUCAACCAUUGAACCUGUGGUUUCUUUGUCUGUCUCUGUGGUGUCAGAUGGACAAGAGGAAAGACCCAUUGUCUGUGGACAUCAAGGCCGUGCUGCUGGACAUGAGGAAGUACCGUAUGGGUCUGAUCCAGACACCUGACCAGCUACGCUUCUCCUACAGGGCUGUCCUGGAGGGAGCCAAGUACAUCAUGGGGGACUGCUCUGUACAGGUAACACCUAACCCUCUCUAGGACAAGUAGAUACUUCUCCUACAGGGCUGUCCUGGAGGGAGCCAAGUACAUCAUGGGGGACUGCUCUGUACAGGUAACACCUAACCCUCUCUAGGACAAGUAGAUACUUCUCCUACAGGGCUGUCCUGGAGGGAGCCAAGUACAUCAUGGGGGACUGCUCUAUAGUACAGGUGGAUAGCACACCUAGCUACAGGUGGAGAACACACCUAGCUACAGGUGGAUAACACACCUAGCUACAGGUGGAGAACACACCUAGCCACAGGUGGAUAACACACCUAGCUACAGGUGGAGAACACACCUAGCUACAGGUGGAUAACACACCUAGCCACAGGUGGAGAACACACCUGGAUAACACACCUAGCUACAGGUGGAUUAUUUAUUAUUAUUAUUAUUAUAACACACCUGGAUAACACACCUAGCCACAGGUGGAUAACACACCUAGCUACAGGUGGAUAACACACCUAGCUACAGGUGGAUAACACACCUAGCCACAGGUGGAUAACACACCUAGCCACAGGUGGAGAACACACCUAGCUACAGGUGGAUAACACACCUAGCUACAGGUGGAUAACACACCUAGCUACAGGUGAAAACACCCUAGCUACAGGUGGAGAACACACUAGCUACAGGUGGAUAACACACCUAGCCACAGGUGGAGAACACAACUAGCCACAGGUGGAUAACACACCUAGCUACAGGUGGAUAACACACCUAACCACAGGUGGAUAACACACCUAGCUACAGGUGGAUAACACACCAGCCACAGGUGGAUAACACACCUAGCCACAGGUGGAUAACACACCUAGCUACAGGUGGAUAACACACCUAGCCACAGGUGGAGAACACACCUAGCCACAGGUGGAGAACACACCUAGCUACAGGUGGAUAACACACCUAGCUACAGGUGGAUAACACACCUAGCUACAGGUGGAUAACACACCUAGCCACAGGUGGAUAACACACCUAGCCACAGGUGGAUAACACACCUGGAUAACACAGGUGGAUAACACACCUAGCCACAGGUGGAUAACACACCUAGCCACAGGUGGAUAACACACCUAGCCACAGGUGGAUAACACACCUAGCCACAGGUGGAUAACACACCUAGCUACAGGUGGAUAACACACCUAGCUACAGGUGGAUAACACACCUAGCCACAGGUGGAUAACACCACCAAACCCACAGGUGGAGAACACACCUAGCUACAGGUGGAUAACACCCCUAGCUACAGGUGGAUAACACACCUAGCUACAGGUGGAGAACACACCUAGCUACAGGUGGAUAACACACCUAGCCACAGGUGGAGAACACAACUAGCCACAGGUGGAUAACACACCUAGCUACAGGUGGAUAACACACCUAGCCACAGGUGGAUAACACACCUAGCCACAGGUGGAUAACACACCUAGCCACAGGUGGAUAACACACCUAGCCACAGGGGGAUAACACACCUAGCCACAGGGGGAAAACACACCUAGCCACAGGUGGAUCCCACACCUAGCUACAGGUGGAUAACCCCACCUAGCAACAGGUGGAUAACACACCUAGCCACGGUGGAUAACCACACCUAGCCACGGGUGGUUUAACACACCUAGCCACAGGUGGAUAACACACCUAGCUACAGGUGGAAAACACACCUAGCUACAGGUGGAGAACACACCUAGCCACAGGUGGAUAACACACCUAGCCACAGGUGGAUAACACACCUAGCCACAGGUGGAUAACACACCAAAAGCCACAGGUGGAUAACACCCCCUAGCCACAGGUGGAUAACACACCUAGCCACGGGUGGAUAACACACACCUAGCCACAGGUGGUUUAACACACCUAGUACAGGGGGGAUAACACACCUAGCCACAGGUGGAUAACACACCUAGCCACAGGUGGAUAACACACCUAGCCACAGGUGGAUAACACACCUAGCCACAGGUGGAUAACACACCUAGCCACAGGUGGAUAACACACCUAGCCACAGGUGGAUAACACACCUAGCUACAGGGGGGAUAACACACCUACCAAAGGUGGAUAACACACACCUAGCCCACAGGGGGAUAACACACCUAGCUACAGGUGGAUAACCCCACCUAGCCACGGGUGGAGAACACACCUAGCCCAGGUGGAGAACACCCCUAGCUACAGGUGAAAACACACCUAGCUACAGGUGGAUAACACCCCCUAGCUACAGGUGGAUAACACACCUAGCCACAGGUGGAUAACACACCUAGCCACAGGUGGAUAACACACCUGGAUAACACAGGUGGAUAACACACCUAGCCACAGGUGGAUAACACACCUAGCCACAGGUGGAUAACACACCUAGCCACAGGUGGAUAACACACCUAGCCACAGGUGGAUAACACACCUGGAUAACACAGGUGGAUAACACACCUGGAUAACACAGGUGGAUAACACACCUAGCCGCAGGUGGAUAACACACCUAGCCACAGGUGGAUAACACACCUAGCCCAGUGGGAUAACCACCUAGCCACAGGUGAUAACACCAGCCACGGUGGAUAACCACCUAGCCACAGGUGGAGAACACACCUAGCUACAGUGGAUAACACACCUAGCCACAGGUGGAUAACACACCUAGCCACAGGUGGAUAACACACCUAGCUACAGGUGGAUAACACACCUACCACAGGUGGAAAACACACCUAGCCACAGGUGGAUAACACACCUAGCCACAGGUGGAUAACACACCUGGAUAACACAGGUGGAUAACACACCUGGAUAACACAGGUGGAUAACACACCUGGAUAACACACCUGGAUAACACAGGUGGAUAACACACCUGGAUAACACAGGUGGAUAACACACCUAGCUACAGGUGGAUAACACACCUAGCUACAGGUGGAUAACACACCUAGCCACAGGUGGAUAACACACCUAGCCACAGGUGGAUAACACACCUAGCCACAGGUGGAUAACACACCUAGCCACAGGUGGAAAACCCACACCUGGAUAACACAGGUUGAUAAAAACCCUGGAAAACACAGGGGGGAUAAACACCGGGAAAUAACACAGGUGGAUAACACACCUACUACGGUGGAUAACACACCUAGCCACAGGUGGAUAACACACCUAGCCACAGGUGGAUAACACACCUAGCCACAGGUGGAUAACACACCUAGCCACAGGUGGAUAACACACCUAGCCACAGGUGGAUAACACACCUAGCCACAGGUGGAUAACACACCUAGCUACAGGUGGAGGGAGCCAAGUACAUCAUGGGGGACUCCUCUCCUCUGCAAGUAGAGCACCUGUGAGGUGGCUGGCUCAGAGGCAAAGUGACUUCAAGUUCUAUUUGAGUUAAUCUGUCUCUCUUUUCCUCCCCUCUUUCGCUCCCCUCUUUCUCUGUUUCCUCUAGAAAAUGUGGCGUGAGUUGUCUAAAGAGGACCAGGAGCCAGUGUCUGAUUCUGAAUCCCCUCCUCCUGCCCAGCCACCACUCCAAUGUCCCCCUGGGAAAAUACAUGCACCGGGUGCCGGGGGGAAGAGAGGGGACGAACUGGGAGAGGACGACGGGGACAGAGUCACCAUAUAAUGAACAGGACAUGGACGGGGGGACAACUAAGUGAGUAUUGUCUGGGUAGUAGGGGGAUGUAGUAGAGACUGACUGGUAGUAGGGGGGGAUGUAGUAGAGACUGGCUGGUAGUAGGGGGAUGUAGUAGAGACUGUCUGGUAGUAGGGGGAUGUAGUAGAGACUGGCUGGUAGUAGGGGGAUGUAGUAGAGACUGUCUGGUAGUAGGGGGAUGUAGUAGAGACUGGCUGGUAGUAGGGGAUUAGUAGAACUGUCGGUAGUAGGGGAUGUAGUGAGACUGGCUGGUAGUAGGGGGGUUAGGGAGAGACGGGCUGGUAUUGGGGGAUGUAUAGAACUGGCUGGGAGUAGGGGGGGUAUAGAACUGUCUGGGAGUAGGGGGGGGGUUAGUAAGAAAUGACUGGGAUUUGGGGAUGUAUUAGAAAUGGCUGGGAAAUAGGGGGGUGUAGUAGAACUGUUGGUAGUAGGGGGAUUAGUGGGAACUGUCUGGUAGUAGGGGAGUAUGAGACUGACUGGGAGUAGGGGGUGUAAUAGAGACUGUCUGGGUAUAGGGGGGGUUUUUAGAGACUGUCUGAUAGGGGGAUGUAGUGAGACUGACUGGUAGUAGGGGAUUAUAAGACUGUCUGGUAGUAGGGGGGUGUGAGACUGUCUGGUUUAAAAGGGGGGUUUUAGUAGAAUGCUGGUAGUAGGGGAUUUGUGUGGGUGGAGUAGGGGAUGUUAGAGACUUGGGGGUAGUAGGGGGAUGUGUAGGACUGCUGGGAUAGGGGGAUGUAGUAGAGACUGAUGUCGGAUAGGGGGAUGUAUAGAACGGCUGGUAGUAGGGGGUUAGUAGAACUGUCUGGUAGAGGGGGAUGUAGUAGAACUUUGGGUGGUAUAGGGGGAUGUAGUAGAGACUGUCUGUAGUAUGGGGAUGUAGUAGAGACUGUCUGGUAUAGGGGGAUGUAGUGAGACUGUCUGGGAGUAGGGGAUAGUGAGAGACUGUCGUAGUAGGGUGGGUUUAGUAGACGACUGACUGGUGUAGGGGGGGGAUGUUUAGUAGAGAACUGUCUGGUAGAUAGGGAGGAUGUAUAGAGACUGUCUGGUAGUCGGGGGAUGUUAGAGACUGACCUGUAGUAGGGGCAUGUAGUAAAGACGUCUGUAGUAAGGGGGAUGUAUAGAGACUGUCUUGUAUAGGGGGAUGUAGUAGAGAACUGUUCUGGUAGUAGGGUGGUGGAUGUAUAGAGACUUACCUGGUAGUAUGGGUGUAGUAAGACUGUCUGGGUAUAGGGGGAUGUAGUAAGACUGUCUGGUAGUAGGGGGAUGAUAGUAGAGACUGACUGUCCUGGUAGUAGGUGGAUUAGUAGAGACUACUGGUAGUAGGGGGAUGGUAAUAGAAGACUGUCUGUAGUUAGGGGGGAUGUAUAGACUGUCUGGGUAUAGGGGGAUGUUAGUAUAGACUGCUGGUAUUUUGGGGAUGUAGUGAGACUGGCUGUAGUAGGGGGAUGUAGUCAGAGAAACUGACUGUCUGGUAGUAUGGGAUGUAUAUAGACUGUCUGGGUAUAGGGGGUGUAGUUAGAGACUGACCUGGUAGUAGGGGGAUUAGUAGAGACUGUCCUGGUAGGAGGGGGAUGUUAGUAGAGACUGACUGGUAGUAGGGGUAUGGAAUCAGAGACUGGCUGGUAGUAGGGGGAUUCAGUAGCACUGUCUGGUAGUAGUGAUGUAAGGGAGACUGUCUGGUAGUAUGGGAUGUAGUAGAGACUGUCCUGGUAGUAUGGGGAUGUAGUAGAGAAGACUGUCUGGUUAUAGGGGAUGCUCUAGAGACUGUCUGGUAGUAGGGGAUUGUAUUAGAGACUUUCUGGUAGUAGGGGGAUGUAGUGAGACAGACUGUCUGGUAGUAGGGGGAUGUAUUUAGAGCUGUCUGGUAUAUAGGGGAAUUAGUGAUACUGUCUGGUAUAGGGGGAUGUGUGGAGACUGUCUGGUAGUAGGUGGAUGUAGUAGCGACGACUGGUAGUAAGGUGGAGUCUAGAGACUGUCUGGUAGUAGGGGGAUGUAGUAAGAGACUGUCUGGUAGUAGGGGAUGUAGUGAGACUGCUGGCUGGUAGUAGGGGGAUGUAGUAGAGACUGGCUGGUAGUAGGCGGGGGAUGUGUAAGCUGGCUGGUAGUAGGGGAGAUGUAGUAGAGACUGUCUGUGUAGUCGGGGGGAUGUAGUAGAGACUGACUGUCUGGUAGUAGGGGGAUGUAGUAGAGACGGCUGGUAGUAGGGGAUGGUAGUAAGAAAACUGUCUGAUAGUAGGGGGAUGUAGUAGAGACUGUCGGGUAGUAGUGAUGUAGUAGAGACUGCUGGUAUAGGGUGAUGUAGUAGAAGACUGACGUCCUGGUAGUAGGGGAUUUGUAGAGCCUGUCCUGUAGUAGGGGGAUGUAGUAAGACUGACUGGUAGUAGGGGGAUGUAGUAGAAUACUGGCUGGAUAUAGGGGGAUGUAGUGUAGACUGGUCUGGUAGUAGGGAUGUCGAAGACUGCCUGGUAUAGGGGGAUGUAGUAGAGACUGUCUGUAGUAGGGGAUUUAGUAGAGACUGACUGGUAGUAGGGGGAUGUAGUGGAGACUGGCUGGUAGUAGGGGGAUGUAGUAGAGACGGCUGUUAGUAGUGGAUGUUAUUAGAGACUGUCCUGUAGUAGGGGGAUGUAGUAAGACUGUCCUGUUAGUAGGGGGAUGGUAGUGUAGAGACUGGCUGAUAGUAGGGGGAUGUAGUAGAGACUAGACUGGUAGUAGGGGAUUUAGUGGAGACUGUCUGGUAGUAGGGGGAUGUAGUGGAGACGGUCGUUAUGGGGGAAUGUAGUAAGACUGUCUGGUAGUAGGGGGGAUGUAGUAGAGACUGUCUGUAGUAGGGGGAUUAGUAGAGACUGUCUGGUAUAAGGGGAUGUAUAGAGACUGUCUGGUCUAGGGGGGGAGUAAGUAGGACCUGUCUGGUAGUAGCGGGAUGUAGUAGAGACUGGCUGGUAGUAGGGGGAUGUAGUAGAGACUGACUGGUAGUAGGGGGAUGUAGUAGAGACUGUCUGGGAAUAAGGGUGAUUAGGUAGAGCCCUGGGUCCUGGUAGUAAGGGGGAUGUAGUAGAGACUGUUCUGGUAGUAGGGGGAUGUAGUAGAGACGGACUGUCUUUAGUAGGGGGAUGUAGUAAGACUGUCUGUAGUAGGGGGAUGUAGUAGAGACUGUCUGGUAUUAGGGGGAAUGUAGUAAUCAGACUGGCUGGUCGUAAGGGAUGUAGUAAGAGACCUGGGCUGGUAUAGGGGAUGUCGUAGAGACUGUCUGGUAGUCACGGGGGAUGUAGUAUAACUGGCUGGAUAGUAAGGGGAUGUAGUAGGACUGUCUGGUAUUAGGGGAUGUAUAAGACUGUCUGGUAGUAGGGGGAUGUAGUAGAGACUGACUGUCUGGUAGUAGGGGGAUGUAGUAGAGACUGGCUGGUAGUAGGGGGAUGUAGUAGAGACUGGCUGGUAGUAGGGGGUGUAAGUAGAGCCUGUCUGUAGUAGGGGGAUUAGUAGAGACUUGCUGGUAUAGGGGGAUUUAGUAGAUGACUGUCUGGGUAGUAAGGGGAUGUAGUAGAGACUUCUGGUAGUAGGGGGAAUUAGUAAGAGACCUGACUGUCCUGGUAGUAAGUGGAUUAGUUAGACGACUGUCUGGUAGUAGGGGGAUUGUAGUUACGACCUGGGACUGGUCUGGUAGUAGGGGAAUGUAGUAGCGACUGGGCUGGUUAGUAGGUGAUGUAGUAGAGAACUGGCGGUCGUAGGGGAUUUAGUAGAUCCUGACGGUAGUGGGGAUUAGUAGAGACUGGCUGGUCUUAGGGGGGAGUAGUAGAGACUGGCUGGUAUAAGGGGGAUGUAGUAGAGCUGGCUUGUAGUAGGGGGAUGUUAGUAGAGACUGUCUGUUAGUAUAGACUGUCUGGUAUAGGGGGAAUGUAGUAUAGACUGUCUGCGUAGGGGUAUGUAGUAGAGACUGCUGGUAGGAAGGGGAUUAGUGAGACUGGCUGGUAGUAGGGGAUGUUUAGUAGAGACUGUCUGGUAGUAGGGGGAUGUAGUAGAGACUGCUGGUUUAGUUGGGAUGUAGUAGCGACUGUCUGUAGUAAGGGGAUGUAUUAGAGACUGUCUGGUAGUAAUGGGAUUUAGGAGACUGUCUGGUAAGUAGGGGGGGAGUAGUAGAGACUGACUGUCUGUUAUUAGGGGGAUGUAGUAGAGACUGUCUGGUAGUAGGGGGAUGUAGUAGAGACUGUCUGGUAUUAUAGACGUCUGUUAGUAGGGGAUGUAGUAGACCUUCUGGUAUUAGUGGAUGUAGUAAGAGACUGGCUGGUAGUAGGGGAUGUAGUAGAGACUGUACUGUCUGGUAGUAGGGGAUGUAGUAAGUAGUGGCUGGUAGUAGGGGGCUGUAGUAGAGACUGACUGUCUGGGUAGUAGGUGGGAUGUAGUAAGACUGUCCUUAGUAGGGGGAUGUAGUCGAGACGACGGGUAGUAGGGGAUUGUAUAGAGACGGCUGGUGUAGGGAUGUAGUCAGAGACUGUCCUGGUAAGUAGGGGGAUGUAUGUCUAGACAUGUUCUGGUAGUAGGGGGAUGUAGUAUAACUGACGGUAGUAGGGUGAUGUAGGGAGACUGGCUGCGUAGUAGGGAUGUGUAAGAGACUGGCUGGUAUUAGGGGGAUGUAUUAGAGACGGUCUGGUAGUAGGGGGAUGUAUAGAUGACUGUCGGGUAGUUUAGGGGGAUGUAGUAGAGACUGGCUUAUUGAGUUUAGGGGGGAUGUAGUAGAGAAACUGACUGGUAGUAGGGGGAAUGUAUGGAGACUGUCUGGUAGUAGGGGGCUGUAUUGGAGAACUGUCUGUAGUAGGGGGAUGUAGUAGAGACUGUCUGUUAGUAAUGGGGAUUUCGUAGAGACUGUCUGGUAGUAGGGGGAGUAGUAGAGACUGUCUGGUAGAUAGGGGGGGAUGUAGUAGAGACUGUCUGGUAGUAGGGGGCUUUGUAAAGAGACUGUCUGGUAUUAGCGGGAUGUAGUAGAUACUGGCUGGUAGUAGGGGGAUGUAGUCAGACUGACUGGUAGUAGGGGGAUGUAGUAGAGACCUGUCCUGGUAGUAGGAUGUAGUAGAGACUGUCUGCGGUAUAAGGGGAAUGUCGUAGAGACUGUCUGGAGUUAGGGGGAGGUAUUAGAGACUGACUGUCGGGUAUAGGGGGGAUUGUAGUAAGAGACUGUCUGGUAGUAGUGGAUGUAGUAGAGACUGUCUGGUAUAGGGGAUGUAUAGAGAACGGCUGUAGUAAUGGGAUGUAUAGAGACUUGUCCUGUAGUGAUAGGGGGAUGUAUCGAGACUGUCUGGUAGUAGGGGAUGUAGUACGACUCCGACUGGCUGGUAGUAAAAUACCGCCUUUGCUGUACGUCGCUCCUUCCCUUUUACGUGGCUGGUAUUAGGGGAUUGUCGUGAGACUUCUGUAGUAAAGGGAUGUCGCGAGACUGUCUGGUAGUUUAUAAACGGGGGAGUGUUAUAGGACUGACUGUCUGUAGUUAGGGGGAUGUCGUAGAGACUUUCUGGUAGUAGGGGGAUGUAGUAGAGACUGUCGGGUAUAUGGGGGAUUUAGUAGAAGACUGGGCUGGUAUUUAGGAGGGGGGAUGUAGUAGAGCUGACUGUCGGUAGUAGAGGGGAUUAGUAAGAACUGGUCUGGUAGUAGGGGAGAUGUAGUAGAGACUGUCUGUAUUAGGGGGAUGUAGUAGAGACUUUACUGGCUGUAAGUAGGGGAAUGUAGUAAGAGACUUUUGGCUGUAGUUAGUAGGUGGAUGUUGUAGUAGAGCCUGUCCGUUGAGUAGCUAGGGGGAUGUAGUAUAGACUAGUCUGGUAGUAAGGUUAUUCCGUAUAGUACCUUGGUUUCUUGUUGUUAGGGGAUGUAGUAGCGACUGCUGGUAGUAAGGGUAUGUAGUAGAGACUGUCAUGGUAGUAGUGGGGGGGAAUGUUAUAGAGACUGAACUGUCUGGUUAGUUAAGGGGAUGUAGUAGAGACUGUCCGUGGUCGUCGUGGGCUGAUCAGUCCGCGCCCCCACCCCCCUGUCAUGGUUCGUAGGGGGAUGUCGUAAGACCCUUUACUAAAACUAUUACGUUUGACUUGGCCUGGUCUUCAUGGGUGUCUGUCGUCGCGCUGUUGUGUAUUCCCCUCUAACUUACUCUCGGCUGUCGUAGGGGGAUGUAGUAAUACUGACUGGUCGUCGGGGGAUGUAUUUAGAGACUUUGGAUUGGCUGGUAUAGGGGUUAUGUCGUAAGAGACUUGACUGGCUGUGUAGUAGUAGGGGGAUGUAGUAGCGACUGAUCCUUGUAGUAGGGGGGAUGUAGUAGAGGACUGUCUGCUGGUAGUAGAACUGUCUGGUUAGUAGGGGGAUGUAGUAAGACUAGGUCCUUGUAUUUAGGGGUGUGUAAGACUCCUACCUGUACUACUGAUGGGCUGGUAAGUAGGGGUUGUAGUAGAGACAUUGACGGUAGUAGGGGAUGGUAGUAGAGAUGGCUGGUUAUUAGGGGGAUGUAGUAUAGACUGACUGUCUGGUAUGUAGGGGGAUGUAGCUAGAGAUACAUAUUCUGGUGUCAGGGUAUGUACGUCUAGACUUGCCUGGUAGUAGGGGAGAUGGUAGUAGAGCCACCUGCUGGUAUUAGGUGGUGUAGUAGAGACUGACAUUGUAGUAGUGGGAUGUAGUAGAGACCUCUGUCUGGUAGUAGGAAGGGGGGAUUAUCGAGACUGGCUUUCGUAGGAGGGGGAUGUCGUAGAGACGGCUGGUAGUAGGGGGGGGCUGUAUUAGGAACUGUCUGGUAGUAGGGUGAUGUAGUAGAGAUGACUGUCUGUUAGUAUGGGGGUAGUAAGUAGACUGACUGCUGGUAGUUCGGGGAUGUAGUAGAGGACAUGCUUUUGUCGUAGGGGGGGAUAGUAGUAUAGACGGUCUGGUAGUAGUGGGUGAAUAUAGUAGAGCACUGACUGGUCGUAGGCGGGGUUAUAAGAGACUGACUGGUAGUCGGGGGAUGUAGUAAGACUUACUGGUAUUUAGGGGUGUGGGGUGUAGUAGAGACUACUUAGUAUAUGGGGGGGAUGUUAGUAGAGACUGACUGGUCUGGUCGUUGGGGAUGUAAGUACGACUACUGGCUGGUAUAGGGGAUGUAGUAGAAGACGGUAUAGGGGAUUUAGUAGAGACUGCUGGCUGGAUAGUAUGAUGAUGUAGUAGAGACUGUAGGUCUGGGUAGUAUGGGGGAUGUCGUAGAGACUGACUCUGUAUUCGGGUGAUGUAGUAGAAGACUGUCCUGGGUAUAGGGGGAUGAGAGUAAAGACUGACUGGGUAGUAUGGGGAUGUUUCGAGACCUGAGCUGGUAGUAGGUGGGAUGUAGUAGAGACCCUGACAUGUCUGGUAGUAGGGGGAUGUAGUAUAAGACCUCUGGUAGUAAGGGGAUGUAAUGUAGAGACCUGUCUGGUAGUAGGGGGAUGUACGUGGAGAACCGAAGACUGGCUGGUAGUAGGGUAUUAGUAAGACUGAACUGUCUUGUAGUAGGGGGAUGUAGUAGAGACUGGCUGGUAGUAGGGGUGUAGUGCGACAGACUCUUGGCUGGUAUAGGGGGAUGGUAUAUAGAGAACUGACUGGUAUUAGGGGGAUUGUAGUAGAGGCCUGGUUCUGUAGAGGGGGGAGGUCGUAGUCGACUGGUCGUAUGUGGAUGUAGUAUAGCAGACUGACAUUGUAGUAGGGGGGUGUAGUAGAGACUUCUGGUAGUAGGGGGAUGUAAGUAGCGACUUGUCUGGUAGUAGGGGCAGUAGUAAUAGACUUUCUGGCGUGUUAGUAGGGGGAUGUAGUAGAGACUGGCUGGUAGUAGGGGGAUGAGUAGAGAAAACCCCCCCCUGUCUUGUAUAGCUGAAUGUAGUGAGAGACUGGACUGGUAGUUAGUGGAUGUAAUAGAGACUGUCUGGUAUUCUCCGGGGGCUGCUCUCCCCGCGAGCGCGGUUCCUGUCGUCUGGGGCUGUCCGUAGCUCCUGUCUGGUCGUUUCGGGGGGGCUGUCGUCGCGCCGUCGUCGGGGCUUUCGUCGCACCUUGCCUGGUCGAUACGGGGGGGUGUCGUCGCAGACCUGCCUGGUAGUCGGAGGGAUUCGUCGAGACUGACUGGGUAGUCGGGGGGUGUAGUGACGCGGACUUUAGUAGGAGGGAUGUAGUAGAGAACGACUCUGUCUGGUAGUCAGGGGGCUGGUAGUAGAGCCUUGGCUGGUCUUCGGGGGCUGUCUUCGCGCCUGGUCCGUCGGGUCUGUCUGCGCCUGACUCUGCUGGUAGUAGGAAUGAUGGUAGUAUAGAAGCUUGGCUGGUAGUAGGGGGCUUGUAGUGUAUAGCACUGACUGGGUAGUAGUGGAUAUAGUAAGACUUGACUUGUAGUAUGGUGAUGUAGUAGAGGACUGGCUGGUCGUUCGGGUGUAGGGGUCUGUAGUGAAAGAAGACGACUGGUAGUAGGGGGAUGUAGUAGAGACUGACUUGUGGUCUGGUAUUAGGGGGUGUGUGGAGACUCGGUCUGGUAGUAGGGGAUGUAGUAGAGACUGUCCUGUUAGUAGGGGGAUUUAGUGUAGACUGUCUGGUAGUAGGGGGGGGAUGUAGUGAGAGUACGGUCUGUUAGUAGGGGGAUGAGUAGAGACUGCUGUGUCGUAGGGGGAUGUAGUGAGAGACUGUCUGGUAAGUAGGGGGAUGUAGUAGAGACUGUUCUGUUAGUUAGGGGGAUUGUAUUAAGACGUCGGUUAUUAGGGGGAUUUAGUACGACUGUCUGGGUCUGGUCGUAGGGGGAUGUCGUAGGAGACUUUCUGGUAGUAGGGGGAAUUAUAUGUUGGCGCUUUGCUUGGUAGUAAGGGGAUGUAAGUAGAGACUGUCUGGUAGAAGGUGGAAUGUAGUAGAGACUGUCUGUAUAGGGGGAUGUAGUCAGAGACUGGUCUGGUAGUAGGGGGAUGUAGUAAGACGUCUGUUAGUAUGGGGAAUGUAUGAAGCUGUUCUGGGAGUAGGAGGAUGUAGUAGAGGACUGUCUGGGAGUUAGGGGAUGUAGUUAGAGACUGACUGGUAGUAUGGGGAUGUAUUAAAGACUGUCUUGUUAGUUAAGGGGGAUGGUGUAAGACUGCCUGGUAGUAGGAGGGGGAUGUAGUAUAGACUGGGCUGGUAAGUCAGGGGGAUGUAGGUAUAUACGAGCUGGUAGUAUGCGGAUGUAGUAGAGACGGUCUGGUAGUAGGGGUGUAUAGAAGACGUUCUGGUCGUAGGGGAUGUAGUAUAGCCGUCUGGUCGUAGGGGUAUGUAGUCAAAGACUGUCUGGUAAUAGGGGGAAUGUCCGUUAUAGACUGUCUGGCUAGUAGGGGGAUGUAGUAGAGAACUCGUCUGGUAGUAGUGUGGAGUGUGUAGAGACUGGCUGGUAUUAGGCGGGAGUAGUAGAGACUGUCUGGUAGUAGGGGGGUGAGGUGCUGUAAGAGAUGAGACAUUGCAGCGUUUAGCUGUUUGUCUUUGCGGUGUGUCUCUUCUCUAAAAGCUGGUUUCCGGGACACAGAUGAAGUGUAUUCCUUGACUAAAACAUGUUCAAUUAUUUUUCUACAUUAGUUUAAUUUUGCUACAGGAAACUGUCCCAAAAAGUCUGGGGAAGUCAGGAGAAGCUUCCUUUAUUGAUUGCCUCCAUUCUGACCAGGGUGCUGCUAUGCUAAACUUAGUGGCAAAAAGGUUUGAUUGACUCUUUCAUACUUUUGUCAUAGUGCUCGCAAGAGACACCGAGAUGAGAGGUUGUCUAACUGGACCCCCAAGAUCACAGAGCCCAAGCAGACGAAGCCCAGCAUAACAGACUCUGACAAAAAGAGGAAAAGGUGAUUAAUCCUGCACCUUUCAAAUACAUUAUCAUUACACUGUACCUUUAAACCACAUGACCUUCAGAAUCACAUGGCAUUUGUCAUUUCACAUCAUGAAAUAACCAGGAUAUCGUUUUGGAUCCAAACAUGUCUGUAUUGAAGGGUGAUUCAUUCACAGGGACAAAAAAAAUUCUGAGUUUUGUUUUUUUAUUCACUAGGACUUCCUGUGUUAAAGGGUAAUAGUCAUUCAAUAGGACUUCCUGUGUUAAAGGGUCAUAGCCAUUCAAUAAGGACUUCCUGUGUUAGAGGGUCAAUAUUAUUAAUAGGACAUUCCUGUGUAAAGGGUCAUAGUCAUUCAAUAGGACUUCCUGUGUUAAAGGGUCAUAGUCAUUCAAUAGGACUUCCUGUGUUAAAGGGUCAUAGUUAUUCAAUAGGACUUCCUGUGUUAAAGGGUCAUAGUCAUUCAAUAGGACUUCCUGUGUUAAAGGGUCACAGUCAUUCAAUAGGACUUCCUGUGUUAAAGGGUCAUAGUCAUUCAAUAGGACUUCCUGGUGUUAAGGGUCUAGUUAAUUCAAUAGGACUCCUGUGUCAAGGGUAUAGUCAUUCAAUAGUACUUCCCCUGGUGUUAAAGGGUCAAUAGUUAUUCAUAAUAGGACUUCCUGUGUUAAAGGGUCAUAGGUUAUUCAAUAGGACGUCCUGUGUUAAAGGGUCAUAGUCCUUCAAUAGGACUUUCCGUGUUAAAGGUCACAGUCCAUUCAAUAGACUGCUCCUGUGGUAAAGGUUCAUAGUCAUCACUGGACUAUCCUGUGUUAAAGUCACAGGGAGUCCUAUUGAAUUGACUAUGACCCUUACACAGGUAGUCCUAUUGAAAUGACUAUGAACCCUUUAACACAGGGAGUUCCUAUGAAGGACUAUGACCCUUUAACAACAGGAAGUCCAUUGAAUAACUAUGACCUUCACAGGAAGUCCUAUUGAAUAACUAUGAUCCCUUUACCCAGGAAGUCCUAUUUGAAUGACUAUGACCCUUUAACACAGGGAAGUCCCUAUUGAAUGACUAUGACCCUUUAACAUAUGGGAGUCCUGAUUGAAUGACUAUGACCCUUUAACAUAUGGAUGUCCUACUUGAAAUGACUAUGACCCUUUAAACAUAGGAGUCCUAUUGAAUGACUAUGACCCUUUAACAUAGGGAGUCCUAUUGAAUGACUAUGACCCUUUAACAUAGGGAGUCCUAUUGAAUGACUAUGACCCUUUAACAUAGGGAGUCCUAUUGAAUGACUAUGACCCUUUAACAUAGGGAGUCCUAUUGAAUGACUAUGACCCUUUAACAUAGGGAGUCCUAUUGAAUGACUAUGACCCUUUAACAUAGGGAGUCCUAUUGAAUGACUAUGACCUUUACAAGGAGCCUAUUGAAUGACUUAUGACCCUUUAACAUACUGGAGUCCUAUUGAAUGACUAGGUUAAAGGGUCAUAGUUUAUUCACUAGGAACGCCCCUGUGAGAAACUGAACUGACUGUGUGGUAAGUUAUUUUAAUAGUUUUAAUGUCUUCACUAUUUUUCUACAAUGUAGAAAAUAGUAAAAAUAAAGAAAAAAUGUUGCAUGAGUAGGUGUUCUAAAUCUUUUGACCGGUAGUGUAAGUAUUCAGACCCUUUACUCAGUACUUUGUUGAAGCACAUUUGGCAGCGAUUACAGCCUCGAGUCUUCUUGGGUAUGACGCUACAAGCUUGGCACAGCUGUAUUUGGGGAGUUUCUCCCAUUCUUUCUCUUGCAGAUCCUCUCAAGCUCUGUCAGGUUGGAUGGGGAGCGUCGCUGCACAGCUAUUUUCAGGUCUCUCCAGAGAUGUUUGAUCGGGUUUAAGUCCGGGCUCUGGCUGGGCCACUCAAGGACAUUCAGAGACUUGUCCCGAAACUACUCCUGUGUUGUCUUGGCUGUGUGCUUAGGGUCGUUGUCCUGUUGGAAGGUGAACCUUCAGCCCAGUCUGAGGUCCUGAGCACUCUGGAGUAGGUUUUCAUCAAGGAUUUCUCUGUACUUUGCUCCGUUAAACUUUGCCUCGAUCCUGACUAGUCUCCCAGUCCCUGCCGCUGAAAAACAUCCCCACAGCAUGAUACUGCCACCACCAUGCUUCACCGUAGGGAUGGUGCCAGGUUUCCUCCAGACAUGACGCUUGGCAUUCAGGCCAAAGUGUUCAAUCUUGGUUUCAUCAGACCAGAGAAUCUUGUUUCUCAUGGUCAGAGUCCUUUAAGUGCCUUUUGGCAAUCUCCAAGCGGGCUGUCAUGUGCCUUUUACUGAGGAGUGGCUUCUGUCUGGCCACUACCAUAAAGGCCUGAUUGGUGGAGUGCUGCAGAGAUGGUUGUCCUUCUGGAAGAUUCUCCCAUCUCCACAGAGGAGCUCUGUCAGAGUGACCAUUGGGUGCUUGGUCACCUCCCUGACCAAGGCCCUUCUCCCCAAUUGCUCAGUUUGGCAGGGCGGCCAGCUCUAGGAAGUCUUGGUGGUUCCAAACUUCUUCCAUUUAAGAAUGAUGGAGGCCACUAUGUUCUUGGGGAACUUCAAUGCUGCAGAAAUGUUUUGGUACCCUUCCCUAGAUCUGUGCCUCGACACAAUCCUGUCUUGAGCUCUACGGACAAUUCCUUCGACCUCAUGGCUUGGUUUUUGCUCUGACAUGCACUGUCAACUGUGGGACCUUAUAUAGACAGGUGUGUGCCUUUCCAAAUCAUGUCCAAUCAAUUGAAUUGACCACAGGUGGACUCCAAUCAAGUUGUAGAAACAUCUCAAGGAUGAUCAAUGGAAACAGGAUGCACCGGAGCUCAAUUUCGAGUCUCAUAGCAAAGGGUCUGAAUACUUAUGUAAAGAAGGUAUUUUAAAAAUAUAUAUAUAUUUUACAUUUGCACACAUUUCUUAAAAUCAGUUUUCGCUUUGUCAUUAUGGGGUAUUGUGUGUAGAUUGCUGAGGAUUCUUAAAAAAAAAAAAAAAAAAUUUAGAAUAAGGCUGUAACUUAACAAAAUGUGGAUAAGGCAAGGGGUCUGAAUACUUUCCGAAGGCGCUGUAUUUCCACAUGUAUGGUUCUGGCCUAAAUCUCUUGUUCUCUUGGACAGUUUGCUGUGCUGGCCUGUUGGGGGCGCUGUGCUGGCCUGUUGGGGGCGCUGUGCAUGGCAUCAGAGUGGUGCUGCUGUGCUGGCCUGUUGGGGGCGCUGUGCUGGCCUGUUGGGGGCGCUGUACAUGGCAUCAGAGUGGUGCUGCUGUGCUGGCCUGUUGGGGGCGCUGUGCAUGGCAUCAGAGUGGUGCUGCUGUGCUGGCCUGUUGGGGGCGCUGUGCUGGCCUGUUGGGGGCGCUGUACAUGGCAUCAGAGUGGUGCUGCUGUGCUGGCCUGUUGGGGGCGCUGUGCAUGGCAUCAGAGUGGUGCUGCUGUGCUGGCCUGUUGGGGGUGCUGUACAUGGCAUCAGAGUGGUGCUGCUGUGCUGGCCUGUUGGGGGCGCUGUGCAUGGCAUCAGAGUGGUGCAGGCAGCUGCUGUGCUGGCCUGUUGGGGGCGCUGUGCUGGCCUGUUGGGGGCGCUGUGCAUGGCAUCAGAGUGGUGCUGCUGUGCUGGCCUGUUGGGGGCGCUGUGCUGGCCUGUUGGGGGCGCUGUACAUGGCAUCAGAGUGGUGCAGGCAGCUGCUGUGCUGGCCUGUUGGGGGCGCUGUGAUUUUGUCCUCUGUGACAGCAACACCCACUUCCGUACCGACAAGAUGAUUUUAUAACACAAAGAAGUUCACUUUCAGCUUUAAAAAGAACACCCCAACUUGACGUCAUCGUAAAGAUCCCAGCUUGUGUCUGAUCUGUUCUGGUCAGCAGGGCUGGUUUGGUUUUAUGUGACGUCGGGUUUCUGCGAUUGCUUUUCUUGUGGAGUUUGUUUGUGCCAGUCUGUCGGUAGGUCUUUGAGUGCUCUGCUCUGUCUGUAGCGUGAUGUGUCUGUAGCAUGAUGUGUCUGUAGCAUGGUGUGUCUGUAGCGUGAUGUGUCUGUAGCAUGAUGUGUCUGUAGCAUGAUGUGUCUGUAGCAUGUAGCAUGGUGUGUCUGUAGCGUGAUGUGUCUGUAGCGUGAUGUGUCUGUAGCGUGAUGUGUCUGUAGCGUGAUGUGUCUGUAGCAUGAUGUGUCUGUAGCAUGGUGUGGUCUGUAGCGUGAUGUUGUCUGUAGCAUGAUGUGUCUGUAGCAUGAUGUGUCCUGUAGCAUGUAGCAUGGUGUGUCUGUAGCGUGAUGUGUCUGUAGCGUGAUGUGUCUGUAGCGUGAUGUGUCUGUAGCGUGAUGUGUCUGUAGCAUGAUGUGUCUGUAGCAUGGUGUGUCUGUAGCAUGAUGUGUCUGUAGCAUGAUGUGUCUGUAGCAUGGUGUGUCAGUGUGUUUGUUUGUGCCUGUCAGUUGAGCUGUUGUUUCAGCUGCUGUUACUCCAGAGGUGGGCAUGUGCCUGUCAGUUGCUUGUCAGUGGUUCAGAAAGGGACUGUUGGUUAAUUUGCUGCGCUGCCCUUCCUAUUGUAAUCCUAGCCUGGUCCCAGAUCUGUGUCCCUCUACUCUUCCUAUUGUAAUCCUAGCCUGGUCCCCAGAUCUGUGUUCCUCUACUCUUCCUAUUGUAAUCCUAGCCUGGUCCCCAGAUCUGUGUUCCUCUACUCUUCCUAUUGUAAUCCUAGCCUGGUCCCCAGAUCUGUGUUCCUCUACUCUUCCUAUUGUAAUCCUAGCCUGGUCCCCAGAUCUGUGUUCCUCUACUCUUCCUAUUGUAAUCCUAGCCUGGUCCCCAGAUCUGUGUUCCUCUACUCUUCCUAUUGUAAUCCUAGCCUGGUCCCCAGAUCUGUGUUCCUCUACUCUUCCUAUUGUAAUCCUAGCCUGGUCCCCAGAUCUGUGUUCCUCUACUCUUCCUAUUGUAAUCCUAGCCUGGUCCCCAGAUCUGUGUUCCUCUACUCUUCCUAUUGUAAUCCUAGCCUGGUCCCCAGAUCUGUGUUCCUCUACUCUUCCUAUUGUAAUCCUAGCCUGGUCCCCAGAUCUGUGUUCCUCUACUCUUCCUAUUGUAAUCCUAGCCUGGUCCCCAGAUCUGUGUUCCUCUACUCUUCCUAUUGUAAUCCUAGCCUGGUCCCCAGAUCUGUGUUCCUCUACUCUUCCUAUUGUAAUCCUAGCCUGGUCCCCAGAUCUGUGUUCCUCUACUCUUCCUAUUGUAAUCCUAGCCUGGUCCCCAGAUCUGUGUUCCUCUACUCUUCCUAUUGUAAUCCUAGCCUGGUCCCCAGAUCUGUGUUCCUCUACUCUUCCUAUUGUAAUCCUAGCCUGGUCCCCAGAUCUGUGUUCCUCUACUCUUCCUAUUGUAAUCCUAGCCUGGUCCCCAGAUCUGUGUUCCUCUACUCUUCCUAUUGUAAUCCUAGCCUGGUCCCCAGAUCUGUGUUCCUCUACUCUUCCUAUUGUAAUCCUAGCCUGGUCCCCAGAUCUGUGGUCCUCUACUCUUCCUAUUGUAAUCCUAGCCUGGUCCCCAGAUCUGUGUUCCUCUACUCUUCCUAUUGUAAUCCUAGCCUGGUCCCCAGAUCUGUGUUCCUCUACUCUUCCUAUUGUAAUCCUAGCCUGGUCCCCAGAUCUGUGUUCCUCUACUCUUCCUAUUGUAAUCCUAGCCUGGUCCCAGAUCUGUGUUCCUCUACGCUGCGUGACCGAGUGUAAUGACUUGAUUACAGGAAGAGACACUGCAAUGUAUCAUCAUGUGACCUCUUCCCUCAAUGGCCUGAAGAUUUCUGUUGUUGUCCGGAUAAAGCCUGGUCAUCGUGUCUUAUGCAACCUAUGUGCAACUUGUUUCAGUUAGAAACGUCACCUACCAGUCCUUUUGAGAUACGGUAAACUUCUCGGCCAGUAUCGUUUUAGUUGUGGAAAUCUUGAAAGGCAAACGGACAUCUGAGUUACUUUUCUGGGUCCCUACAUCCCAUAUCCAUGUUUCCAUAUCACCAAACGAGGCGACUCCAGACAGUAGGACCUGAUAUGUUUAACCAUAACAGCUGCUUACUGCUCCCUUCAUUGAUGCUGUGUUUAACCCAUGCCUUGACCAAGGACUACACAUCCAUUUAAAACUCCUGAAUGUAGAACUACUAGCCUGAGUGCCAGUCUGUGUUAUCAUGGCAACUCAUAUAGCCUGAGAGCCAGUCUGUGUUAUCAUGGCAACUCAUAUAGCCUGAGUGCCAGUCUGUGUUAUCAUGGCAACUCAUAUAGCCUGAGAGCCAGUCUGUGUUAUCAUGGCAACUCAUAUAGCCUGAGAGCCAGUCUGUGUGUUAUCAUGGCAACUCAUAUAGCCUGAGUGCCAGUCUGUGUUAUCAUGGCAACUCAUAUAGCCUGAGUGCCAGUCUGUGUUUAUCAUGGCAACUCAUAUAGCCUGAGAGCCAGUCUGUGUUAUCAUGGCAACUCAUAUAGCCUGAGUGCCAGUCUGUGUUAUCAUGGCAACUCAUAUAGCCUGAGAGCCAGUCUGUGUUAUCAUGGCAACUCAUAUAGCCUGAGAGCCAGUCUGUGUUAUCAUGGCAACUCAUAUAGCCUGAGUGCCAGUCUGUGUUAUCAUGGCAACUCAUAUAGCCUGAGAGCCAGUCUGUGUUAUCAUGGCAACUCAUAUAGCCUGAGUGCCAGUCUGUGUUAUCAUGGCAACUCAUAUAGCCUGAGUGCCAGUCUGUGUUAUCAUGGCAACUCAUAUAGCCUGAGUGCCAGUCUGUGUUAUCAUGGCAACUCAUAUAGCCUGAGAGCCAGUCUGUGUUAUCAUGGCAACUCAUAUAGCCUGAGUGCCAGUCUGUGUUAUCAUGGCAACUCAUAUAGCCUGAGAGCCAGUCUGUGUUAUCAUGGCAACUCAUAUAGCCUGAGUGCCAGUCUGUCUGUGUUAUCAUGGCAACUCAUAUAGCCUGAGUGCCAGUCUGUCUGUGUUAUCAUGGCAACUCAUAUAGCCUGAGUGCCAGUCUGUGUUAUCAUGGCAACUCAUAUAGCCUGAGUGCCAGUCUGUGUAUCAUGGCAACUCAUAUAGCCUGAGUGCCAGUCUGUGUUAUCAUGGCAACUCAUAUAGCCUGAGUGCCAGUCUGUGUUAUCAUGGCAACUCAUAUAGCCUGAGUGCCAGUCUGUGUUAUCAUGGCAACUCAUAUAGCCUGAGUGCCAGUCUGUGUUAUCAUGGCAACUCAUAUAGCCUGAGUGCCAGUCUGUGCUAUCAUGGCAACUCCUUGUCACUCAUUGUCAUGCCAAGGACAGCAGUGGAGUUGGUAAGAGCCCAUCAACAGAUCUGGGACCAGGCUAUAGAACUACUGUACCUGGUUGGUUCAACCCCAGUAUUUUAGCAGCUGUAAGCACAGCAGUCUGUGGUUGUGAGACUAAAGCAGACAUUUGGCCCUACAUACAUACAGUACAUCUGUUCCUGUAGUCACAUCAAACCAGGUUGGGGUGGUGUGUUAAAUGUCUUUAUAUUGUGUUCUUCUGAAAUCAACAUCCUUUCCCCAUUCCCAUCCUCUCUCUGUUGUGACAGGGCGAGAACCAGUGACCGCUAACUGACUCCACCGUGGCUCCAGCCUCCUCCAGAUCUGGCUGCUGAGAUGACGUUGACAGGGAUCUCCCUCCACUCCUCUAUAUCCCCGUCCCCCGCUAUAUCCCCCUCUAUAUCCCCCUCUAUCCCCCUCCCUCUAUCCC